AUGAAAAGGAACAACAAGCCUCGGAUGAGUGACCCCCCUUUUGAUGACGACCAUGGCAAACGAAAUAAGGACUACGAAUUGAGGGCAUGCACCUGGAAUGUCCGGUCCCUUAAUUGGGAAGGUGCCGCUGCCCAGCUGGUUGAUGUCCUCGUGAAAAUAAAGGCUGACAUCACCGCCGUCCAAGAAAUGCGAUGGACGGGACAAGGACAGAGACAAGUAGGUCCUUGUGACAUUUACUACAGUGGCCAUAUAAAGGAGCGCAAGUAUGGUGUUGGAUUCGUGGUAGGAGAGAGAUUCCGUCGCCGAGUACUAUCAUUGACUGCGGUGAAUGAACGUCUAGCCACAAUCCGCAUCAAAGCGAGGUUCUUCAACAUAUCGAUGAUUUGCGCCCACGCCCCGACGGAAGAGAAGGACGAUGUGACCAAAGAUGCCUUUUAUGAGUGCUUGGAGCGCACUUAUGAGAGAUGCCCCCGCCACGAUGUCAAAAUCGUGCUUGGUGACUUCAACGCCAGGGUGGGCAAAGAAGGUAUCUUUGGCACUACGGUCGGUAAAUUCAGCCUCCACGAGGAAACAUCCCCAAAUGGGUUGAGGCUGAUCGACUUCGCCGGGGCCCGAAAUAUGGUUAUCUGUAGUACUAGAUUCCAGCAUAAGAAGAUACAUCAAGCUACCUGGCUGUCUCCGGAUCGAAAAACUACCAACCAGAUCGAUCAUGUUGUGAUAGACGGAAGACACGUCUCCAGUGUUUUAGAUGUGCGUGCGCUCCGAGGUCCUAACAUCGACUCGGACCACUAUAUUGUUGCAGCCAAAAUUCGCACCCGCCUCUGUGCAGCAAAAAACGCACGCCAACAAACACAAGGAAGGUUCGACGUCGAGAAGCUGCAAUCACAACAGACAGCCGAACGAUUUUCUACUCGGCUUGCACUCCUGCUCUCUGAGAGCACUCGUCAACAACUCGGUAUAAGGGAACUGUGGGACGGCAUUUCAAACUCCUUACGUACAGCUGCAACCGAAACCAUUGGUUUUCGGAAAGUGCAAAAGAACAGCUGGUACGACGAGGAGUGCCGUGUCGCAGCGGAGAGAAAACAGGCUGCCUACCUCGCAACGUUACGAUCGACCACAACACGUGCGGGAUGGGAUAGAUACCGAGAGUUGAAGAGGGAAGCGAGACGCAUUUGCAGACAGAAGAAGAAAGAGGAAAAUGCGUGAGUACGAACAGCUUGAUAAGCUGGCCGACAGGGGUAAUGCUCGAAAAUUCUACGAAAAAAUGCGGCGGCUUACAGAAGGUUUCAAGAUCGGAGCAUACUCUUGUAGAACCCCCCAAGGUUAUCUAGCCACCGAUGCCCAGAGCAUACUUAAAUUAUGGAGGGAACACUUCUCCAGCCUGCUGAAUAGCAGUGAAAGCACAACACCAGGAGGAGGCGAACCCGAUACCCCAACCGAUGACGAUGGAGCAGACGUUCCAUUGCCCGACCAUGAAGAAGAUCGAAUAGCAAUUGCCCGCCUGAAAAACAACAAAGCGGCAAGUGCCGAUGGAUUGCCGGCCGAGCUAUUCAAACACGGCGGCGAAGAGCUGAUAAGGUGCAUGCAUCAGCUUCUUUGUAAAAUAUGGUCGGACGAAAGCAUGCCCAACGACUGAAAUUUAAGUGUGCUAUGCCCAAUCCAUAAAAAAGGAGACCACACAAUCUGCGCCAACUACCGUGGGAUUAGCCUCCUCAACAUCGCAUAUAAGGUUCUAUCGAGCGUAUUGUGUGAAAGAUUAAAGCCCACCGUCAACGAACUGAUUGGACCUUAUCAGUGUGGCUUUAGACCUGGCAAAUCAACAACCGACCAGAUAUUCACCAUGCGCCAAAUCUUGGAAAAGACCCGUGAAAGGAGAAUCGACACACACCACCUCUUCGUCGAUUUCAAAGCUGCUUUCGACAGCACGAAAAGGAGCUGCUUUAUGCCGCGAUGUCUGAAUUUGGUAUGCCCGCAAAACUGAUACGGCUGUGUAAACUGACGUUGAGCGGCACCAAAAGCUCCGUCAGGAUCGGGAAGAACCUCUCCGAGCCGUUCGAUACCAAACGAGGUUUCAGACAAGGCGACUCCCUAUCGUGCGACUUUUUCAAUCUGCUGCUGGAGAAAAUAGUUCGAGCUGCAGAACUUAAUCGAGCAGGUACAAUCUUCUAUAAGAGUGUACAGCUGCUGGCGUAUGCCGAUGAUAUUGAUAUCAGCGGCCUCAACACCCGCGCCGUUAGUUCUGCUUUCUCCAGGCUGGACAAGGAAGCAAAACGAAUCGGUCUGGCAGUGAACGAGGGCAAGACGAAAUAUCUCCUGUCAUCAAACAAACAGUCGUCGCACUCGCGACUUGGCACUCACGUCACUGUUGACAGUCAUAACUUUGAAGUUGUAGAUAAUUUCGUCUAUCUUGGAACCAGCGUAAACACCACCAACAAUGUCAGCCUAGAAAUCCAACGCAGGAUAACUCUUGCCAACAGGUGCUACUUCGGACUAAGUAGGCAAUUGAGAAGCAAAGUCCUCUCUCGACAAAUAAAAACCAAACUCUAUAAGUCACUCAUAAUUCCCGUCCUGCUAUAUGGUGCAGAGGCUUGGACGAUGUCAACAACCGAUGAGUCGACGUUGCGAGUUUUCGAGAGAAAAGUUCUGCGAAAGAUUUAUGGUCCUUUGCGCGUUGGCCACGGCGAAUAUCGCAUUCGAUGGAACGAUGAGCUGUACGAGAUAUACGACGACAUUGACAUAGUUCAGGGAAUCAAAAGACAGCGGCUACGCUGGCUAGGUCAUGUUGUCCGGAUGGACGAAAACCCUCCAGCUCUGAAAGUAUUCGACGCUGUACCCGUCGCGGGAAGCAGAGGAAGAGGAAGACCUCCACUCCGUUGAAAGGACCAAGUGGAGAAGGACCUGGCUUCGCUUGGAAUAUCCAAUUGGCGCCACGUUGCGAAAAGAAGAAACGACUGGCGUGCGGUUGUUAACUCGGCUAUAAUCGCAUAAGCGGUGUCUACGCCAAUUAAGAAGAAGAGGACUUAAAUAUUUGCCGAUACAUCGAUACAUCCAACAUAAAGUCACCCGGAAGCUCGCAAAUCUUUAUAUUAAAUAUAUGGAGGCUCAGGAAAGUAUCGACCCCUUUUUGAUACACAGAAUUACAUAUUUUUCUUUAGGAAAGGAUUCCGAUAUUUUCGGUCGAAAGUCAAUUAUAGAUACUGGAGUCCACAUAUUCGGUACGUAGGAGUUUGAGCAGUUUUGAUUGGAUUCGGGAAAUUUUUGGUCAUAAGAUAGCAUACUUUAAAAUAAUUAUUAGUGCAAAAUUUUGUCCCUUUAUUAUAAUUACGCCGUUUUUUAUCUUAAUUUAGUGCUUAGUUAUGGUACUUUAUAGGUUUUCGGUUAAUGGGGUGGCAGUGGUCCGAUCACGCUCAUCUACGAAUUUGUAGAUAGUACUAAGGAAUCAGCAUACAAAGUUCGUCAAGAUAAUGUGCAUAUCUUAAUUUUUACUCGCUGUACUGUAAUUUUGUAUUAGCGAGGGACACCUCUUGGCUAAAAGUGACACUAAUAUGUGAGUUAUCUCAAUGAAAGUGAGACAGCAUGUUUUUUUCAUAACAGUGUAUCUUUGUGCUUAAAUAAGAAAAAAACAAGAAAAAACGUUAACUUCGGCUGCACCGAAGCUAAUAUACCCUUCACAGGCGCAUUCCUUUUAGUAACUAUAUGUUCAUUUUGUAUUGAAGCUCAAUGCUAUAGUAAUCCGAUCUGAAAAAAUCUUUCGGAGAUUAUAUUAUUCCCUUAAGCAGCAAUCGAUGUCAAAUUUCGUGAAAAUACCAUGUCAAAUGCGAAAGUUUUCUAUACAAGCCCUUGAUUCUGAUCGUUCGGUUUUAAUGGCAGCUAUAUGCUAUAGUAAGCCGAUCUGAACAAUUUCAUCCGAUAUUACAUUGUCGGCAGUUCCGACAGAUAAGCCGCUUGUUGAAGAGAAAAUUACGUUUGCAAAACUUCAAAAUGAUAUCUUAAAAACUGAGGGACUAGAUCGUAUAUAUACAGACGGACAGACAGACAGACGGACAUGGCUAAAUCGACUCAGCCCAACAUAUUGAUUAUUUAUAUAUAUACUUUAUUGGGUCUCCGAGGCUUCUUUUUGGGUGUUACAAACAUCGUAGCGAAAUUAAUAUGUACAUAUAUUCUGUUCAGGGAAUAAAAGCUGGCGUAAACUUGAUCUAGACCUUAUAUAUCACAUAUCAGGAUUUUCGAACAUCAGGCUGACUUUACUCCAUAUGAUUGGUAAUUGUAUAUGAGACACUUUAAUGAAAUAUUUAAUGAAGCUCUGAGAGCGCUUUAAUUGCCUUUAUCAAUUCCUUUAUCUUUAUUAACAUGGUUACCAUCAGUUGAUGUUGAUGGCAGUCCUGGACGUGGUUCGUCGUCAAGGCGUUCUCAACUCUCUUUGAAUAAUUUGUACCGUACGAAUUAAAGACACUUGAUCGCUAAAAGCAAUUAUCCCCGAACGCCUUUUCCAACAGUCUGAACAUUUCAGCACCAGAAAUUUCACUAAACACUAAUGUUUAUUUUGAUGUGACAUUUGACACAGGUUUUUCAACAAAAUUUAAAUUAAAAAGUCUUUUUAUUUUUUGCCCACAGUAGUAUAUAUAUAUACCAUACAUAAUAACAAUGCAUUAACAAUAAUUACAAUGUUUAAAUGUGAUUGGUAAAUAAUUUUAUUCUCAUUAACUGGUUUUCAUCGACGCCAAUUACGAUAUUCGUAUUAUUCUUUAUUUCAGUACUAAUCUUCGGUGUCGGUACAAAACUUGAACUGUGUUUUAUUACAUAAUACAAUUACGUUAAAAGGUCAUUCUGGGUUUUCUUAAAUAUAUAUUAAAACGGUUUACAAUAAAAACAUACAUGGCGAUGCAUCCCUCUUGUCUUUUUCUUGAUGUAAACUUUUCCAUGAAUUUUUAUACAUCUGUAAGUUAAUAUUAUGCAUAUAUUACAUGUAUAUACAUUGUGACAAAAUGAACUGGGAAAGUGUAAAUAAAAUACAUAAUAUUUAUUUAUUUAUCAAUAUUUAUAUGGCCCCCUUCUCCAACAGACGUAAUACUUACGCUUAUGCCAACGAUUUUUCUAGUCCUCGAAAUACUUUUAAUAUGCACUUUUUGGGAUGGGCUUCAGGACCUUGGUCGAAUUUUGUGCUAUUUCUUCGAUCCGCGGAAAACGGAUUCCAUUCUCUUCACGAAUGUGGGAUCGGAAAUCGCACGUUCAAGUAUGUCCAAAGAGACCUGUUUUCGGUACUCUUUACUCUACUCGUUUCGAUACGAGUCGAGCAAAAAUCCGUUUCAUAUCCAUCAAAAUCAUUCAAACGGACUUGCGAGAUAUAUAUUUCUAACACUUCUUUUACGAUUUUCAAGUACUUUGUUUUCAUUUUUUUAAUCAGUCGAAAAAGUCGAAGGUGAUCCAGAACGAGGCAUGUCUUAAACGAUCUUGUGUAGAAACACAAUUCUAUCAAUAAAUAUUUUAAUUUAUGUAUGCAUGUGUAAACCAAAUUAAAUAAGUUUAUAUGUAUUAUUGUAUAUUUUAUUCGUUGAGGGCAUGCGUAUUGCAUGUGUAUAAAUGCAUACGUGUCUCAUAUAUGUACAUAUUCAUGCUGCAUAUAUUACAUAUAUAUUUAUAUGUUUAUUAAUGUAUGUUUUGUACUGUCUUUGCCUUAUCUAACAUGUGUGGACUGUACAAUUUAUUACAAAAGUUAGAAUUACAUAUUCUUAUCUCAUAAAAUAACCUUCCGAUGUUUUUUGGCUGUAAUUAAAAAAAAAUUGAUUCUGCUUGUGGAUUAUUUUUAUUUGGUUACAUUUUUUUACAUCGAAUAUGAUAUCAUGUGAAUGGCCACCGCCAUUUUUGAUUGUCAUUUGAGCCCUUUUUAUGGCAUUUUCCCCUUGGCCAGAACUUCCGGCGAUAGGUCCUCACAUUCUUGGCGGAUAUUGUCUUUAAGAGCUGCAAGAGUCUGCGGCUUGUUGACAUAAACCCGCGAUUUCAAAAUGCCCCACAAAAAGAAGUCUGAGCGAAAACAGCACACCAUACAGUAACUUUGAGCGGGUGUAAUGGCUCUUCGUGGGUUACACGCGGAUUUUCAGUGCCCCAGAUGCAUAAAUUUUGCUUACUUACGCACCCGCUAAGAUGGAAAUGGGCCUUAUCACUCAUAAUUAUAGCAGCUAACAGCUGAUGCACCGUCUGGACUUUGUACGCAAACAUCUUUAAAUCUUGUACCAAAAUUCGCUGUAAACACCGUUAUACCCAUUUGCGUGGCACGCCGUCUGGUCGAUGUCGACGGCACUUCUAUGACAUCCUCGGCAACAUCAGCAAUAUUCUCUGCAAAACGGCUACUCCGGGGUCUGCCACGCCUAGAGAUGGGCAGUGGGAAAAAACCCAAGGUUUUUCCCAUUUGGGAAAAAACCGGGUAUUUAUGUGGGAAAAAACCCAAUUGACGGGUACUUUCAUUAUAGAACGUAAUUAUCACGAUCUUAAAAAAAUUAACAUUUUUUUUUAUUAUUUUUAGAACAAAUGCAGCGAAAAAUAGGUACUUUGCGAUGCGCACAUACUUUGCGCCUGCAUAUAUAGUGCACUAGCAGUUGCCGGUUGUUCGAAAAGUGAAAAUGUGUAGCCUGAUUCAGGAACUAAACUAAAACCAGCAGUUUAUUAUAACAACAAAAAGACGUCUUCUUGUUUUAUUAUAAGAUUUUUUCUGCGCAUUGUGGUGGUGAAAGAACCUUUGACCAAAAAAAAAAAAAUAAAACAACGAGAGAUACUUACUAACAAAUAUUUAUUACACUUUACAAAAGUUACAAAAGUGUUUUUUUACAAUUGAAAAUUUUUAGUCACUAUCGCUACUGUCAUGAUCAUUAAAUAUAUUAUUAACACGUUCGCGGACGUGAAUGCUAUAGCAUUCAUUUUCAUACUGAUGCAAAAUGACGUGAAUGCUAUAGCAUUCAAACUUUAAAGCCAAUUUUUAUUCAUUUAAUUUAAUACAAUCUUAAGUUUUUGUAAUUAAUACACAUUUCAAAAUAAUGACUAAUUGGUUCAUUAGAUACUUUCAUAUUAUUUUAUCUUUUCUCAGAGUACUUACAAAUUCAUUCAUGUCAUUCUGGUUGAAAAGUAGUAUCUAUAUCGUCGUGGAUGCUAUAGCAUUCAUUGUAUAUAACGGUUAAAAUACGAUGUUCUGACUACUCUUAUAAUAUAUGUCUAAUUAGAUUUCGGAUAUUACAACUAGUUUCAAAAAUAAUUGCCUGUAUAUUUUUGCAGCUCCCUAAAAUUUUUUGCGUCCGCGAACGUGUUAAUGUUGCUAAAUUCUAUUAGUUUCGUAUUUUCACGAGAUGUUGAAGGUCGUUCUUUAUUUGUUGGGAUACCAAACGGACUUGACAAUUGCCUGGGUGUAGAUAACGGCUCGUCAUCAUCGUCAUUGUCAUCAACUUUAUGUUUGUGUAAACUUGUUACAAUUAUACGAUAUAAAAGAUAUUUUUGCUGUCCUGUCUGUAGUCAAUCUAUUUCGUUUGUGACUAUGUACAAUGCGCAUGAGUGCUAAAAGAUCGUUCAGUGGCUGCUGAAGUACAUGGAGCAGUUAGAAUACGCACUGCAACCCUACUCAGCAAUUUGGACCUGCGGAGUCCUCUCCACCAAAUUACCGGGUUCAUUUCGGCGACAUGUUUCCAUAUAAAUGAUCAAAUCCAUAAACCCUGUUUAGCUCUAUAAUUGGCUAAAUCAGCACCAACGUCAAUAUUGAGCGAUUGGCUCACAUCGUGUAUAAACUCCAUGGCAUCCACUUCGUGUUCUUCUUCUAAUUCAAUGCCUUGCGAUCUUGGAUCUAAUAAAUAUGCAGCAUAGUGAAUGGGUUUCAAACAAUUAUUUGUUCGCCUAAUUACAGCAUUUGCAAUAUCUUGUCUAUGAUGCUCAUUUAGAAUGGAUAUAUGCGGAAAUGCAAAAUUAAAUGUAGACUUAAUAUCUUUGGCUAUAUAAACUUCAUUUAUAAGUAUUCCAUUGCCUUUAAGUUUGAAAAUUUUAUCUGUUAUAGGUUCCAGUAUAUACAAUUUUCUACAUGGUUCAGAAAUUUAAAUCCAAUAAAUUUGAUUUUAUUUCGCUUGAAAUAUUGGCAUCUUCGUGAACUGCUAAUGUCUGUAAUGCAACUUUGGAUUUUUUUUAACUUUUUAACGCAGUGCAGUUACUGCCCCAGCGGGUUUUCCCUUUUUCUUUUACAAUCUGAGCUAAUAAAACGCUCAUACUUUGGUUUCUUUUUAUUGCUUUUAUUGUAUCUGUGGCGAUCGAUAUAAACGCAUUAAUAGGUUCUAGUUUUAAGCAAUCUUCGCAUAGCAAAUUCAAUGUAUGUGCUACACAUCUCAGCGGUAUUAUAUGUAUGUGCAUACGAAUUUUUAACUAUCUGAAAUGCUCUUUGAAUAUUAUUUGCGUUAUCUCCGAUAACAGUUACAAAUUUGUGGCCUCCAUACACGUUUAUAACAUUGAUUAUCUCUUGAGAUAAAUAUUGGCUUGUAUGUCGAUUUGUAAGAGUAUUAAGGCUUUAAUAGGCUCAGGUUUUGCAAUAACGAAGUUGAUGAUACCUUCAUUGCUCUGAUUGCUCCAGCCAUCACACUGCAAAUGUAAAUCAUUUAUAGACUUCAGUUCGUCUGUAAUUUCAUUGACCAUUUCAUUAUAAAUAGUUUCCAAAUGUGUUGUAGAGAUAGCUUUUCUGAAUGGUAACUUAUAAAGUGGUUGCAAAUCGUCAAAAAAUCGUACCCACAGCGGAUGUUCAACGAUGGAUAAAGGAGAACCGGUAACAAAUAUUGCCUUCGAUAAGAGCUGAUCUAGAUAAAGUUUUUUUCUGUUAAAACUUCUGAUAAAAUCAUAAUAUUAGAAAUUGUAUCCGUCAAACUGUUAUCCUGUGACAUUUCAUUAUGUGAUUCAGCUUGCAAGGGCAGAUUUGUGGCAGUUGUGCUAGUAACAGGUAUUUUCUGUAAUUUGUUCUUGAUAACAGUUGGACAUCUAUAACACAGAUGGCUGGUCAUCUUGCUGACAUUGCCAAAUUGGUAAACUUUUUCACAGUAUUUGCAUUUUACUGUUUGCCGAAUGAAAAUAGUUUUCCCAUACAUCAGUGUUUUUCUUUCUGGGCAUGAUGUGAUCUAAUAAAAAAAACCGAUAAAAAAACAGUAGAAAUGCAUAAAGUUGUUCUAAAGUAUUGUAUAUUAACAGAGUAGGUAUACCUACGAAACUAAUAUGAAAUAAGUAUAAAUUCCAAAAGAAGGAAUUUAUACUUUGCCCAAUUUCAAUGAAUAAAAGUAUAAGGUUUGCAAGGAAUAUAAAACUUCUAUAGUCUAAUAUAACAAAUAUUAAAGCUCAAACUUACCGGUAAGUUACCGCUCAUAAAAAGAAGUAAGUAUCGAAGUCCGUAAGUAGUUGUCAACCCAAAGUAAAUCACGUAUUUAAGCACUAGGCUAUCAAAAGUCCAUAAAACAAAAUCCAAUCCACAAAUUCGCACAGUACGAAGGCAAAACAACGUGUGAGAUAGAUAGAUCACUAACGUGUACGCCACUACUCAUUUUAUUUAAUUAGAGAGCAUGAAGUAUAUGUAUAUAACGUAUUUAUUAAAUAAUGAAAAUAAACAAAGUUAGGUUAGCUCUAACUAGUAGUAAUAAAGGGUGAUUUUUUAAGAGCUUGAUAACUUUUUAAAAAAAAAAACGCAUAAAAUUUGCAAAAUCUCAUCGGUUCUUUAUUUGAAACGUUAGAUUGGUUCAUGACAUUUACUUUUUGAAGAUAAUUUCAUUUAAAUGUUGACCGCGGCUGCGUCUUAGGUGGUCCAUUCGGAAAGUCCAAUUUUGGGCAACUUUUUCGAGCAUUUCGGCCGGAAUAGCCCGAAUUUCUUCGGAAAUGUUGUCUUCCAAAGCUGGAAUAGUUGCUGGCUUAUUUCUGUAGACUUUAGACUUGACGUAGCCCCACAAAAAAUAGUCUAAAGGCGUUAAAUCGCAUGAUCUUGGUGGCCAACUUACGGGUCCAUUUCUUGAGAUGAAUUGUUGUCCGAAGUUUUCCCUCAAAAUGGCCAUAGAAUCGCGAGCUGUGUGGCAUGUAGCGCCAUCUUGUUGAAACCACAUGUCAACCAAGUUCAGUUCUUCCAUUUUUGGCAACAAAAAGUUUGUUAGCAUCGAACGAUAGCGAUCGCCAUUCACCGUAACGUUGCGUCCAACAGCAUCUUUGAAAAAAUACGGUCCAAUGAUUCCACCAGCGUACAAACCACACCAAACAGUGCAUUUUUCGGGAUGCAUGGGCAGUUCUUGAACGGCUUCUGGUUGCUCUUCACCCCAAAUGCGGCAAUUUUGCUUAUUUACGUAGCCAUUCAACCAGAAAUGAGCCUCAUCGCUGAACAAAAUUUGUCGAUAAACACAUUUCGAACCGAACACUGAUUUUGGUAAUAAAAUUCAAUGAUUUGCAAGCGUUGCUCGUUAGUAAGUCUAUUCAUGAUGAAAUGUCAAAGCAUACUGAGCAUCUUUCUCUUUGACACCAUGUCUGAAAUCCCACGUGAUCUGUCAAAUACUAAUGCAUGAAAAUCCUAACCUCAAAAAAAUCACCCGUUAGUACGUACUAUUUGAUAUACACAUGUAUCUACACAUUAUCUAGAUGUUACAUAUGCUAAGUAUGAAAAAACCCGAAUAUUAUCCCAUUCGGUAAUUUUCCCCGGGUUUUUUCCCUAUUUUUUCCCACAUUGGGGUUUUUUCCGGGUAAAAUCCCAUCUCUAGCCACGCCUGGCAGCAUCUCGUGUUGUGCCAGUCUCUUCGAGGCGAGCGGCGAAACAUCGCAGUGUUUCACCAAUCGGCGUCGGACGGCCAGAAAAUCUGCGACGAAAUUCACAUUGUGCCACAGUUACUGACCGAUUAUUGGUCAAAUAAAUAGUCACCAAUAACGCGUUCUGGAGCAGUGUAGCGUACCAUUGUUUAUUUACGUGUAUUUCGCAUGUGUUUACUACACAAAUGUCAAAACAGAACUGGCAGUAGAGGUCAAUUGCAAAAUUUAUAGCAUCUUCUGAUAGGAGGAUUAUAUAAAGUGUCUAAAUAUAUUUCUGCAAUGUUCAAUUUUGAACACAUGUACGUAUUGUGUUAUCUCCAUUAGUGGACAAUAUAUGUAUCUCUGAUACUUAAACUUGAGGCCCUAUGUUCCACCUAGGAACUAGGGGAAUAUAUAUAUAUACCUAUAUAUAUAUAUUUAAACUUAAUUUUCUUAAAUUUAAUUUUUUUUCUGUGCUUGAAAUAUCGAUGCAUCUUCUCCUUGACUUUUGUGUUGUGGUGCCAGAAUCAUCUCAGUAAUUUUCUGCUCUUAUAUCAUUACUUGUGUAUUACUUGUUGACUUUGCCGGAUUUUGAACUUUUCCUUCAUAUGCUUCAUCUUCGUCUUGGAAAAUUUGGUCUAUUACUUCGUCUUCGUCCUCAUCUUCAAGCGCUUUAACAUUGGCAACAGUUUAAGUUAAGUGCUCAUUAGCCGCUUUAUCGGCCCCUUCUUAAAAACUAUCCAAAUUCCUUUGCUUAUUUAAAAUGUCAGCCUCAAUAUUUUUAACAUUAGCUACAUCGGUAGUGCUUCUCUCCGUAAAUGUUUUUUGUGUCUCCAAAUUACGAGCCGUUUUCUGUUCUUGUGUAUUUUUUUGUUAACUUAAAUUGAAUUGCUGCACUCUUGUUACUCGACUUUAAUUUGUGUAUCUUCUAAUGCUUUGUGGGAUAUCAUUGUUAAAUCUAUUGAUUGUUUUGUUUUCGUUAGAACCUUACUACGCAUUUUCUAACGAGUUUGUGUAUGAUCACUUCCUGACAUUCUAUCGGACAUUUCGAUAACUUCUUCAUUUAGUAUUACUUUUCGCAUUAACCGUCUCAUUUGGUGUCGAAAAACCUUGACCUCUGAGGUUAUUUUUGUAAAGGAAUAAAAGGAAGUCAUUCACUUCAAAGUGAAACCCUUACGGGUUCGCGUUGUCGUAGUGAACCAACUAACUUCGGUAGUUGAUUUUCCUGAUUUCUUGAAAGCCAGCUUGCACACAAAUAGUUGUGCACUAUUCAGGUUUUCGGACUCAUACAUAUCAAUGCGCGAUUAAUCACUUGUCAUCAUGUCAUUGACGUGUUUUGAAGAACUGUUACCGUAUAAUUUUUCACGACCAUUCGAAACGAACCUUUUUUGAGUGAUCGACAAAUUCUGUGGGAUCCCACGUGAAAAAUAAAAUGUUCAUACAAUAUUGAAUGUACGCUGGUCCGACUAAUGCGCAUAAAUGUCUUAACCCCAUGAUAGGUUACAUGACGAUCUUGCAAUAACAGUUUAUAUUUUGGACGAGCUUCCCAAAAUUCAUCUUGGAGUGAUCUACAACCUCGAUUAGAUUUAGCAUACCAUCGAUAAGCACUGGUCCUUGAUGGAAUUUCACAGCCAAAAAGGUAAUUAAGCUCAUCGGUGCACUGUUGCUGAGCUAAUAUACAACAAAAGUUGUAAAAAUAAUUGCACGAUAAUGUUUACGAUUGAAUUUCAUUUUUGGCCGAGAUGAGUACUUUAAGUAACUGGAAACAAAACAAUUAGCGCUCGUAUGUCAAAACGCUUUGAUUGUGUAUAACAUUAAAAAUAAAAAACUUUACUAUAAAGUUGUGAGUUGCCAGAUUGCAACACUAGGGUUGUCAAAUCCGGAAAUAUAAAAGCAAUCUACGUUGACCAAUUUCAGUCAUAUUCAACCCUAAACUCUAUUUAUGAAAAAUUUUUGACUUAGUUUUAUUAAAGUAUCACACUUAUUGACCGACAUAAACUUUUUAAAGUAAGUUGAAAAGGUAAAAUGUAUCAAAAUCAGUAGCUAAAUCGUGCAAGUAUAUUUGGGAAUAUAAUAAAAUGUGCUAAGAUAAUCAAACUCUUUAUUUAUAAGAUGUUUGCCAAAGGAACCUAUGCUUGUAAAAUGACUACCCUUUAAGUAUAUUUUUAUUUCUGGAAGAAAGAAAAAGUCACAUGGAAAAUGUCUGGUGAAUAUAGAGGCUGGGGCAUCGUUACAUAUUUUUGGUAUUAAAGGGACGUAUUUUUAUUAUUCUUCAUUUACUUAAAGUCUCUAAGAUAUCUUACGUUUUAAUCAUGCAUACGGUAUAAAGUCCACCGGAUGUUUGAAAUUGAAAUCAUUCUCUAAAACCGUGCUCCCCGAGUUUCACUACUUCAUUUAAAUUUUAGUAUUACGACAUAUCUUUAGAUUAAUUAGCUAACUCACAGAUAGAUAUUAUGUAUACUAAGGUGUGCCAUUCUGAGGCAACCUUUUUUUUUCAACUGAAAAACAGGCUCAAAACUUUCGAAAAUGUGUAAAAAAAAGUCACUCAAAAGAUGAGCUCCUAAUAUUAAUAUUAAGAGGUGCCUAUUUCAAAUUUUCUGUUUUCCAUAUAAAUUACAUAGAAAAAAAUCAUUUUUUUUGUGGUGGUUAUUGUGCGGAGGUUUUAUAUGUGCCCCGAUGGCUGCCAAUAGUGAUGGUAAACUCGAUUCCGAUUCUACUCGAGAAUCGAGUUUUCUCGUAAAAUAAUCGAUUUUUCGAAUGUCAAGAACCGAUUCUUAAUCGACUUCGACUACUGGAGAUCGAUUCCGAAAAAUCGAUUAUUUUACGAGAAAACUCGAUUUUCGAGUAGAAUCGGAAUCGAGUAUACCAUCCCUACUGGCAGCUAUCGUGGCACAUAUAAAACCUCCGCACAAUAACCACCACAAAAAAAAUGAUUUUUUUUCUAUGUAAUUUAUAUGGAAAACAGAAAAUGUCAAGAACCGAUUCUUAAUCGACUUCGACUACUGGAGAUCGAUUCCGAAAAAUCGAUUAUUUUACGAGAAAACUCGAUUUUUGAGUAGAAUCGGAAUCGAGUAUACCAUCCCUACUGGCAGCUAUCGGGGCACAUAUAAAACCUCCGCACAAUAACCACCACAAAAAAAAAAUGAUUUUGUUUCCAUGUAAUUUAUAUGGAAAACAGAAAAUUUGAAAUAGGCAGCUCUUAAAAUUAAUAUUAAGAGCUCAUCUUUUGAGUGACUUUUUUUUACACAUUUUCGAAAGUUUUGAGCCUGUUUUUCAGUUGAAAAAAAAAAGGUUGCCUCAGAAUGACACACCCUAAUGUAUACAGUAUAAAGUCAUGCGAUUAUUUGAAAAUAGUAAUAUUGCUAAUAAGGGCUAGGGGAAAUAUUGAAUCGAUUUUAUCAAGUUAUGGAAAUAUAAUGUUACCAGAUAAACAUGUCCUCUGAGUUUUUUUUGGCGCAGUGGGCAUUUUUUUGAACCAGCCUUUAUAAUCUUCAAAUAUAACUAAAACUCUUAAACGGAAAUGUCUCAAAAAACAUACGGUACCGCGUUCCACUUUUUAAAGAAUUUCGGAAAGAAAAUCAAUUUGUCGGUUUUAUCUAAUUAGCUUUUCACGACUACUUUGGCGGUAUAUUGGGAACAACAAUGUACUGCUACCGAUUUAUUUUUGUGAAGAGGAAGAAUACGAAGUAGAGGAAUACAAGGAUUUCAAAAAUGAACAUUUGCAGGUAUUUAAGUAGUUGCCAAACGAAUUAGGCGUUAGCGCAUUUAAUAGCUUAAGACAUUUAAUUUCAAGGGCUGAAGCGACAUUAAAAAAGGAACUAAACGAUUACCGAGACAUAUUUUAUGAAGAAGGGAGCAAUUUGCCGUUUACUUGUAUUAUACAUUAUAGGAUUAAAACUAAGACGGAGUCGCCAAUUUAUACCAAGCUUUAUAGAUACCUAGUUGUGCAUCGUGUUGAAUUAGACAGACAAAUAAAUGAGAUAUUAAAACAAAAUAUAAUAGUUCAGAGCAAUAGUCCUUAAAGAUCACAUUUAUGGGACGUAAUCGUAUGCCCAUACUGGUAGUUCUAAAAAAAGCUCCCGCAACGAUGCAAAGACUCAUUAAUCAUUUUGUAGAUUACAUUAACAAAAUUAGUGUCGUAUACUAGGACUAUAUUGUAAUUUUUUCUACUAGCUUUAUAGAACAAAUUGAUUUCAUAACGAAAAUUUUUAAGAAAUUAAGAAAAUCAAAUUUGAAAUUUCCAGGUGAAAAGUGCCAUUUCGCGCAACGAGAUUUUUAGGUCAUGUUGUUUCAGUUGACGGUAUUAGAUUAGAUCCAUCGCAAAAUAAAACAAUCGCAGCGAUGUCACCACCAUCCAAUACGAAAGAAAUAAUACAAUUUCUGGGCAUUAUGGGAUAUUAUCGGAAAUUUAUACGUGAUUAUGCAAAGGUAGCCUACCCAAUGAUUCGGUAUUUAAAAAAUAUUGUGUUGUUAACCCAUCUUUACCCAUCGUUGCGCAAGCGCAACAUUUCGAAUUUGUUUUUUUUUUAUUUCUAAAAUAAGGAAAUAAAUCUAUGAAAUGUAAGCCAGUCUCAAAAAGAAGAACUAACAGAUAGACAACAAUUUUUUUUAUGGCUUUUCAAAUAUAAAUGCAUUUUAUUUUUAUCAUUCAAAAACUGCUAAUUGAGUCAUCUCGGGAUCGAUAUAUUCAUCCAAUCAUAAAAAAUAUUAAUUUAAAUAAACCUUUACUUUUUACACUGUACAAAGCUUUAACAAUAUCUUCUUUGUGAUAUAAACCCUUUUGGUGGACAAAACUACCUACACGUGUUGUUUAUCUUACAUUUCUAGGAAACGUUGCGUUUACGCAACCUUGGGUAUAACAAUAGUCUGUUGUUAUUGUUACUCAGCAUGCCAUUCGUGUUAGAAAUGUAUUGUCAAUAAUGGGUUCUCGCUAUUCAAGGAGUAGUUCUGUUUUGUUUUUAUUAUUCAGUUGGUUCUAGAACGUUGUGCUAAUAACAUAGAUAACUUGAUACGAGACUCUUUGGUUCGAGAGAGAGCUGUCAAAACUAUGCUAAUAGUAUCACAUAGUAAUUUCUAAAAAACGUUAAGUGAGUGUAUACAAAUCAGUAAAUAAUAAGGCGAAAUAUUAUGGCUUGGCAGCGAUUACUAUCUUCUCAAGAAAUUCUGAGUACCUUAGAAGAGGAAGAGGAUUUACAAGAUGCCACUCAAAUCGAUGCCGUGUACAUCCCCCCGACGAUUGACAAUCUUACAGACGAGGAAGGCCUAGAUGAUGACGCGCUAGGUGAUUUUGACAAUAUUGUGUCCACUGAUAUCGCUGGAACAUAUGAAAUACACACCGAUUUACCCUUAGAGCCUGAAAACACGCAAGGUGAGCUCGGUCCUUCAACAUCGAAGAAGCCAAGACUGUCAAAGAAGUCCCCAAAAUGUGUUCCAGACUGGAAAAAAGAACAUCCGACCUAUAUGAAUUGUCCUACAAGUGAUGAAACAGUACUUCUUCUUCUUCACUGGCGUAGACACCGCUUACGCGAUUAUAGCCGAGUCAACAACAGCGCGCCAGUCGUUUCUUCUCUUCGCUACGUGGCGCCAAUUGGAUAUUCCAAGCGAAGCCAGGUCCUUCUCCACUUGGUCCUUCCAACGAAGUCGAGGUCUUCCUCUUCCUCUGCUUCCCGUGACGGGUACUGCGUCGAAUACUUUCAGAGCUGGAGUGUUUUCAUCCAUCCGGACAACAUGACCUAGCCAGCGUAGCCGCUGUCUUUUAAUUCGCUGAACUAUGUCAAUGUCGUCGUAUAUCUCGUACAGCUCAUCGUUCCAUCGGAUGCGGUAUUCGCCGUGGCCAACGCGCAAAGGACCAUAAAUCUUCCGCAGAACUUUUCUCUCGAAACCUCGCAACGUCGACUCAUCGGUUGUUGUCAUCGUCCAAGCCUCUGCACCAUAUAGCAGGACGGGAAUUAUGAGCGACUUAUAGAGUUUGGUUUUUGUUCGUCGAGAGAGGACUUUACUUUUCAAUUGCCUACUCAGUCCGAAGUAGCACCUGUUGGCAAGAGUAAUCCUGCGUUGGAUUUCUAGGCUGACAUUGUUGGUGGUGUUAAUGCUGGUUCCUAAAUAGACGAAAUUAUCUACAACUUCAAAGUUAUGACUGUCAACAGUGACGUGAGUGCCAAGUCGCGAGUGCGAUGACUGUUUGUUUGAUGACAGGAGAUAUUUCGUCUUGCCCUCGUUCACUGCCAGAUCCAUUUGCGUUGCUUCCUUGUUCAGUCUGGAGAAAGCAGAACUAACGGCGCGGGUGUUGAGACCGAUGAUAUCAAUAUCAUCGGCAUACGCCAGCAGCUGUACACUCUUAUAAAAGAUUGUACCUGCUCGAUUCAGUUCUGCAGCUCUAAUAAUUUUCUCCAGCAGCAGAUUGAAAAAGUCGCACGAUAGGGAGUCGCCUUGUCUGAAACCUCGUUUGGUAUCGAACGGCUCGGAGAGGUCCUUCCCGAUCCUGACGGAGCUUUUCGUGUUGCUCAACGUCAGUUUACACAGCCGUAUUAGUUUUGCGGGGAUACCAAAUUCAGACAUCGCGGCAUAAAGGCAGCUCCUUUUAGUGCUGUCGAAAGCAGCUUUGAAAUCGACGAAUAGGUGGUGAGUGUCGAUCCUCCUUUCACGGGUCUUUUCCAAGAUUUGGCGCACGGUGAAUAUCUGGUCGGUUGUUGAUUUACCAGGUCUGAAGCCACACUGAUAAGGUCCAAUCAGUUUGUUGACGGUGGGCUUUAAUCUUUCACACAAUACGCUCGAUAGAACCUUGUACGCGAUGUUGAGGAGGCUAAUCCCACGGUAGUUGGCGCAGAUUGUGGGGUCUCCUUUUUUAUGGAUUGGGCAUAGCACACUUAAAUUCCAAUCGUUGGGCAUGCUCUCAUCCGACCAUAUUUUGCAAAGAAGCUGAUGCAUGCUCCUUAUCAGUUCUUCGCCGCCGUGUUUGAAUAGCUCGGCCGGCAAUCCGUCGGCCCCUGCCGCUUUGUUGUUCUUCAGGCGGGCAACUGCUAUUCGAACUUCGUCAUGGCCGGGCAAUGGAACGUCUGCUCCAUCGUCAUCGAUUGGGGAAUCGGGUUCGCCUUCUCCUGGUGCUAUGUGUUCACUGCCAUUCAGCAGGCUGGAGAAGUGUUCCCUCCAUAAUCUAAGUAUGCUCUGGGCAUCGGUGGCUAGAUCACCUGUGGGGGUUCUACAGGAGUAUGCUCCGGUCUUGAAACCUUCUGUAAGUCGCCGCAUUUUUUCGUAGAAUUUUCGAGCAUUACCCCUGUCGGCCAGCUUAUCAAGCUGUUCGUACUCACGCAUUUCGGCCUCUUUCUUCUUCUGUCUGCAAAUGCGUCUCGCUUCCCUCUUCAACUCUCGGUAUCUAUCCCAUCCCGCACGUGUUGUGGUCGAUCGUAACGUUGCGAGGUAGGCAGCGUGUUUUCUCUCCGCUGCGACACGGCACUCCUCGUCGUACCAGCUGUUCUUUUGCACUUUCCGAAAACCAAUGGUUUCGGUUGCAGCUGUAUGUAAGGAGUUUGAAAUGCCGUCCCACAGUUCCCUUAUACCGAGUUGUUGACGAGUGCUCUCAGAGAGCAGGAGUGCAAGCCGAGUAGAAAAUCGUUCGGCUGUCUGUUGUGAUUGCAGCUUUUCGACGUCGAACCUUCCUUGUGUUUGUUUUCGUGCGUUUUUUGCUGCACAGAGGCGGGUGCGAAUCUUGGCUGCAACAAGAUAGUGGUCCGAGUCGAUGUUAGGACCUCGGAGCGCACGCACAUCUAAAACACUGGAGACGUGUCUUCCGUCUAUCACAACAUGAUCGAUCUGGUUGGUGGUUUUUCGAUCCGGAGACAGCCAGGUAGCCUGAUGUAUCUUCUUAUGCUGGAAUCUAGUACUACUGAUAACCAUAUUUCGGGCCCCGGCGAAGUCGAUCAGCCUCAACCCAUUUGGGGAUGUUUCCUCGUGGAGGCUUAAUUUACCGACCGUAGUGCCAAAGGUACCUUCUUUGCCCACCCUGGCGUUGAAGUCGCCAAGCACGAUUUUGACAUCGUGGCGGGGGCAUCUCUCAUAAGUGCGCUCCAAGCACUCAUAAAAGGCAUCUUUGGUCACAUCGUCCUUCUCUUCCGUCGGGGCGUGGGCGCAAAUCAGCGAUAUGUUGAAGAACCUCGCUUUGAUGCGGAUUGUGGCUAGACGUUCAUUCUCCGGAGUGAAUGAUAGUACUCGGCGACGGAGUGUCUCUCCCACCACGAAUCCAACACCCAACUUGCGCUCCUUUAUAUGGCCACUGUAGUAAAUGUCACAAGGACCUACUCGUCUCUGUCCUUGUCCCGUCCAUCGCAUUUCUUGGACGGCGGUGAUGUCAGCCUUUAUCUUUACGAGGACAUCUACCAGCUGGGCAGCGGCACCUUCCCAAUUAAGGGACCGGACAUUCCAGGUGCAUGCCCUCAAAUCAUAGUCCUUAUUUCGUUUGCCAUGGUCGUCAUCAAAAGGGGGUCUCUCAUCCGAGGCUGUGUUUGCUUUUUCAUUGGGGGUGUUUUUUUUUUUUACGUGGCGGGUCCCAAACCCAGCGCACAACCCUAAGAAGGGGAUAUUUCGCCUUCUCACUUUAGCUCGCCUUCAAACGGAUGUUCUUAGGCUACCCAGAGGAUACUUGGUCAAAGACCGGAAGUCGUGAGCUGCUUGAGUCAUAUGUAAAAGAAUCGUUUCUGGCCACUCCCAAGUGAAUGGCGAUCAGAGAACUUUCCUCACUUGCGUGAACUUCUACACAUGACUCCAUCCUCUAUGUGAUGAAACAGUAAUGACACAAAAUAUUGAAGAACAUGUAGGUGGAAAAACACCUUUUGAAGUAUUUUCACUAUUUUUUAGUGAUGAAAUUUGGGAACAGAUUGUAUGUUUCUCGGAAAAAUAUGCUCGUGGCCAUAACCGUCAUUUAUUUAUCCUCACGGUAGCAGAACUCAAAAGAUUUUUUGGUAUAUUAUUAUUGUCUGGCUAUCAUUCUUUACCAGCAACGAAAUUGUACUGGUCAAAAGAUUAAGACAAAAAUGUAUAAAUUGUAAGAAAUUGUAUGAGUCGGAACAAAUUUUACUCUAUAAAGGAAAACAUUCAUCUAUGUGAUAAUGCGGAUCUGGAUAAAAAUGAUAAAUUCGCUAAAUUGCGUCCUAUUUUCGAUGUAAUGAAUCAAAAGAAUAUGCAGUUUGGGAUAUUCUCACACAACUUGUCAAUUGACGAAGAAAUGGUGCCGUAUUUUGGACGUCAUAGUUGCAAGAUGUUCAUCAAAGGAAAGCCUGUAAGAUUUGGUUUCAAGAUAUGGUGCUUGUGUAGUUCAAAUGGUUAUCUGUAUCGGUUUAUUCCAUAUGGCGGAAAGGAUAGUAACGACAAUAGAAAUGAUUUAGGUCUAGGAGAAAAAACUGUUCUGGACCUAUUGUCUGUCAUUGAAGAUCCUCGCAAACAUCGCAUUUUUUUUGAUAAUUUCUUUUCUUCGCACAAAUUAUUUUGCAUUCUGAAAGAGAAAGGCUAUUUUGCCACUGGUACUAUUCGAGAAAAUAGAACAAUGAAUAAAACCAUGAUAAAUACGAAAACUCUUCAGAAAAAAGAGAGGGGAUCAUUUGAUUUCAGCUUUGACCAAAAACAUGAAGUAUUAUUAGUUCGAUGGAAUGACAAUUCUGUGGUGACUGUGGCUACUAACAACGCAAAAAUCGAACCAUUGGUUACGGCAAAACGUUACGAUAGAAAAAUAAAAAAAAUGGUGAAUGUGCCACAGCCCCAGGUUAUAGCAGAUUAUAAUAAAAAUAUGGGAGGCGUCGAUCUGCAUGAUAAUGGAAUUGCCAAUUAUAGGAUUCGAGUAAGAGGGAAAAAGUGGUGGUGGCCACUGUUCAUCAAUUUGAUAGAUAGUGUUUUAGUAAACUCGUGGAAGAUUUACAAUCUGGCAAAUGAGCGAUCUAUGACUCAAUUAGAAUUUAAAUCUUACGUUGCUGUUAGUUUGAUGAAAACCGAAGAAGCCCAACUUACAGAUAAUUCUCACUUUUUGGGUAAUUCAAAUAGAAAUUUAGGAAGACCAUCCAAAAACGCAUUACCUUCCAAUAUUCGCUUCGAUAAUAUUGGUCAUGUCAUAGAAGAGCACGAAAAUAAACGUCGAAGAAGAUGCAGACAGCGUAAAAGUACAACAAUUUAUAUGUGUAAAAAAUGUCAAAUACAUCUUCAUCUGAUUGUUUUAAAAUAUUUCACUCACGCUAAUCGCUAUAGUAUUAGCGUAAGUGAAAUAUUUUAAAUGUAUUUUUAUGACUUGCUUGUAUAAUAUUUAUAAGUUCAGUAAUCCCAACGUUGCGUAGGUGCAACAUUUCACGGAAUGAAAAAUAAUUAACCAAUAUUUUUUUUUUUUAUAAUUUUCUCUUUUUUUAUGUAUUUUUAAACGUAAGAAACAAUAAAACCAUAAAAUAUGCAUUUAUUUUUACCCUUGGGAAAUAAUCGUUUAAUAAUAAAGAUAGUGAAUUUUUAAGCUCUUUGGAAACAUUAAAAAAGUUAGUUAGAAGUGAGCCCAUUUUACAACCACCAGAUUUCAAAAAUAAAUUUAUAAUAACAACUGACGCAUCUCAGUACAUGUAAAUAUCGACGGGCUGGGCGGCAAGCCUCCAAUUCCGAGAAUGAUCCCGAACGUCCUCCAAAAAAAGGCGCUCGUCGGUGAGCACGAUUUCCUCGGUUUGGAUUAUGUGAAAUAAAAAAGGUGAAUUCUUUUAAAGGAUAGAUAAAUGCAGGUAUUGAACGAAGCAAUAAACAAAAUUUUAAUUUUUGACAAAAUGGCGGCAAUUUGAAAUUUUUUUUCAUUUUCGAUGUAAUAUUUUCGCUCUAAAUUGUCAAAAAAAAAUAUUUAAAAAUUUUUUACAUCUUAUUCCUUCGUUCAAUACCUGAAGAAUGUAUCUAAAAAGAUUAUAUUAAAAUUUCAGUCCGAUUAGUUGAGCCAUCUCUGAGAAAUCUUGCUCACCGACUUUGAAUUGACAGUUUUAAAGUAGUUUACACCUAGGUAAAUUUUGUGACGUGGCCUUACAAAUUCAGGUAUAUCUCCGAAAAUAAUCAUCGGAUUGACUUCUAAUUUUCAGAGAAUAUACUCAAAUAUACUUACAUUCCGAAAAUGAAAAAAAAAGAUUUUUUAUAAAUUCUAACUGCGUAUAAACGCCUUAACUCAUUUAUAUCCACUUGCGAGGACGAACAAAACGCGUUUUUUGUGAAUUUUUUCCAAAGAGGCAUUUUAUUUUAUACAUUAAUGGACAAAAUGUACUUAAACAGAAUUUAAUGUACUUUAACAAUCAGUGGUUUAUUUAAAAAAAUAUUGGAUCGCCUAGCUCCUGUAGAUGAUCUGCGGAGAGACGUCCAAAAAAAGUGCUUGGCGGUGAGCAAGAUAUCUCUGGUCCAAAUUAUCUGAAAACCAAAAAUAUUUAGUUUUGUGAUAAAUAAAUACAGAUAAUUAUCGAAGGUCUAGUAAAAAUUUUGAUUUUUGACAAAAUGGCGGCUGUUCAAAAAAAAUUCAGUUUUUCAUGAAAAUUUUUCACUUCAAAGUGGCUUAAAAAACCUUAUUCCUCCUAUCAUUACCUGAAAAAUAUAUCUGAGUAAGUCGUGUGAAAAUUUCAAACCGAUCGGCUUAGCGGUCUCGGAGAAAUUUUCCUCACCGACUCUGAAAACACGGUUUUGAGAUAAACGCGUUUAAAGUUUCGGGAACGGCUACUCUGGCUCGUGCUCCGCCUACUUUCGAACGCUCGGAAACGUUCUUAGUAAUACGCUCAUAUCUCUAAAACUAACUGCCAGAUUGAUUUGAAAUUUUCAGAGAAUAUUCUUGAAAAUAUGUACAUUCAAAAAAGAAAUGAAAUGAAUUUUUUGAAAAUCACAAGUGGAUAUAACCCCUUAAUGUACGCGGUUCAACUUCAUUUGAAUCAUUGCGUACUGUGAUUGGUGUGGUGUGUGCAACUUUUUGAGAAGCAAGUAAUUGCUGGAACAUAAUAAUCACUAGAAUUAAACGACGGACGAUGCGAUAGCUACUUCGAUUGCACAUGAAGUUUGCACACUUUUGGCGAUGACCAUUUCGACAUAUCACUCUUCAAAUUCGCGUCAAUUAUUUGCCGAAGACAUUUUACAUCGUAUUCGGUAAGAAUUAGAAAUAGGUAAAUUCCGGUUGAUAUUUCCGGUGGUUUGAUAUUAAUACCAUCUGCUGUUUAUCAAUUCACGAAAGAUGAACUCAUCAUGAAUGUUUAUCAGAACAUUGGCCAAAUUAUCGUAACUACGAUUCCUUGAGUGCACGUGCAAUGUUAGCUGCCACAAAUACCGAUGUUGUUGACUUAAACUGGAAGAUUCAAAGUCAAAUUCCGGGAUACUUCCGAUCGAUUCUCUUGACAAUGAAGACGACACCGAGUAUUAUCCAGUGGAAUUUCUAUAUCCUUUGGAGAGGCUUGGUAUGCCACCGCAUCACUUGCGUCUCAAAUUUGGAUCUGUCGUUAUGAUGUUUCGCAAUCUGAUUGUGACGCACUUAUCAAAAAUAAGGGGCAGAAUGCUUGAUUCUAAUUAUUUCUUUUGAGUUCUAAUGAUUUGCUAUUUCAGUUCAAACGUAUUCCGUUUCCAGUGAAAAUUGAAUUUGAGAUGACGAUCAACAGGAUAGUUGCAUAGUGGGUGGCAUAAAUUUGGAAAUGCUAUGUUUUUCACACGGCCAGAUAUAACUACAUACGUGGCGUGCUCACGAGUUGGCAAACCAUCUUCGCGGUACAUUUACGCACCGGAACAGAAACCAAAAAUGUUAUCUAUCAAGCUGCGUUACAUUGAAAAAAAGUAGAAAAAUCGCAAAUAAAUGAUUAUCAACACAAUAUGAAUUUUUAUCUUUUCAUUUCAAAACACAUAAUUUCGGCGAAUAACCCCCGAAAAGGCGUCAAAGGUAGGAGAUUUUGUCCUUAUUUAAGAAGAUUAUUUCCCCUUUACCGAAUGACUCGUAUCCGGUUAGAUGACUUCGGACGCAUAAAGGACUGCUAACUCGACUGUUUGUUAAACAAUGUUUUUUACUAAUCACCGAUACAACCGAAAACAUAAACAACACAACGCAGCGACAAUAACAAUAUACGUAAUAAACCGGAAGUUACAAAUCCUAAAACAAUUCUAAUCAAAAUCAAGACCCAACUCAAAGAAAAUGAAACUAAAAAAAUUUUAUAAAGGAUCACAAAAGUCCACCACAGCUGUAUUUGACUUACCGCUGAACUGAACCGGGAUGGCUAAAUGAGUUAAGCCGUCCCCACAAAACUCAAGCCACGAUAAGUCCACACCACAUCCACUUAUCCACACACUUUAGCACCAUUCUCUCUCAGUAUUGAGCACAACUUCUCCCAAUAUCUCGAUAUGCUGAAGUCUCUAAGUAAAUGAGGAACCUACAGUUAAAACUAAACCAUUGGGCAACAGCACACUAUUUGCUAGAUCAAUCAUAAAAGAGAACAUUGAUCUUGCCAUACUAAGGCAAGCGCAGCGUCCGGAAAUCACAUGGAUUGCAGACAAAUCUGGCAAGGCAGUAAUAUGGUCCUACAAAGGACAACCUUUUAAGACCUGCUCCAGAGAAGCUCAUAACUGUUUCACAUGGGCGAAUACACAGGGUAUAUAUUUUGUUAGUUGCUAUCUUAAAUCUUGCUCUUUAGAAACCAGAGGCAAAACACCGAUUAUAAUAGCGGGAGAUUUUAAUGCAUGGUCAACUGCAUUAGGCAGCAGAUGUACAAACCAUCGCAUAAUUUAAGAAUACCUGAGUUCGUUAACUUAACAAUAAUGAACACCGGAACUCGAAACUCGCCCACUUGGUAUCGGUAGUGCGAAAGAAAUUGGUCACAGAAUGCGGCGAAACAAUGCGUAGAACAACAUAUCACAACCAGCAGCCUGUAUAUUGGUGGAAUGACGAAAUUUCCAAGCUUAGAAAACUUUGUCACGCAGCUAGACAGCGUAACCAGGGGAAAACAAACGAAAAUUAAUUUGAGAAGAGUUUAAAAGCCACAAGAAGCUCCUGAAGUCGGCAAUUACCAGGAGCAAAAAACUAUGUUUUGAGAAGCUGUAUGAAGAAGCAAAAAUUGACCCUUGGGAAAAUGCUUACUAAAUCUGUAUGUCAACAAGAAACAGCAACCUAAAGAUGUAUAUUUUAUAAAAAAAGUCGUCGAAACAUUAUUCCCACAACACGACCGAAUUUCCUAUGACAAGCGACGAAACAAAGCUGUAGAGUUCUGCCGUUAGUCAUGAAAGAAGAGCUACUGGCCAUAGAAACGAAGAUAAGAUGUCAUACCCGACAGAGCCCUGAAAGAAGCUAUAAGUUUAAAACCUCAACUGUUCGCUAAAAUGCACAACAUAAAAGAAGAGUUGUUCCACAGCACGUGGAAAGUACAGCGUUUGGUUCUGCUCCCAAAACCAAAGGAACCACCUGAAAAACCUUCAUCGUACCGACCUCUUACCAAAGGGUAAAAUGUACGAAAGUAGAACAAGAAACCGCUUGGAGUUAGCAAUCUAGAACUGGCAGAUUAUUAGGGAGACAAUACGGCUUUAUAUAAAAGAGAUCCACUAUUGACGCACUACGCAGAAGUCGUCGAUAAUGCGAAAUGUGCAGUAAGUGGCAAAAGAUGGAAAGGUGGCACAAAAAAGUACUGCGCGCUAAUUAUCCUGGAUGUUAAGAAUUUCACAAGGCAAAAUGGGCACAUAUAAUCAAAGCUCUGGAUGAAAUACGCGCCCUUGAAUACCUCGUAUAUAUAAUAUUAUAACGAGUUAUUUUAAAAACAGAAGGCUGAUUUUUGAUACGGACGAAGGCACCAAGAGCUACUCUCACGAGUAGGUACCCCUAGGCUCAGUGUUAUGCACACUACUAAGGAACCUCAUGUAUGAGGGGGUGCUAAGAAAACAGCAACCAACAGACGUGAAAAUAACAGAGUAUGCAGACGAUCUCAUGAUGGUAGCAGUUCCCAAAACAAUUAGACCAAAGAAAUAAAUGCAAUGAGUGCGUAAAUGGUCUACGCCAAUGGUUCUCUUCUGGAACUGGUCGGAGCACAAAAUAUAAGUUUUACUCAUAAGCACCAGGAAGGUAGAAAAACGAAUAGAGCAAACCCUAGGGGAGUGCGAGAUUAUUUCACAGCCGCAACUGAAGUAUAUGGGAGUAAUACUGGAUUCAAAAUUAAAAUUUAAGAAAACCUGGCGUAUUCCUCCAGUGAAGCAAACAAUAUUUAUAAAGCAAUUAUUAUGAGAUAUUGUAUGCAGCACCAAUAUGGAUACAAGCAAUGAAUAUAAAAGCGUAUGCUAAACAAAUAAAUGCAGUGCUUAGGUUUCCUGCUUUUCGGACUAUAUCAACCGACGCUGCUGAAGUAUUAGCCAGUAUGCCGCUCAUUGACUUCCAGGGAGAUGAGUUCGAGUGAAUAUAUCAGCUAUCAAUGCCUAAAAUAGUAUCGGCAAAGCCAAAGGAGAGGAACAAGAACACCAAAAAGUAGCAGAACAGGUGUAAUUCCUCAACCAAAUGGCGCUGGAUCCACCGACUUAUACCAGACAUCCACUCGUAGAUAGAUAGACGACAUGUGGAGACGGAUUUCCAUCUGACCCAAAUACUUAGUGGACAUGGGAGCAUAAGAAGCUAUCUUUUCAGAUUCCACAAUGACAUUAGUCCGAACUAUCCGACGUGUACAAAGUAUUAUUUUAUUGCCCACGUUUUUCAAAUUAAAGAGAAGGUGGUAGUUUUACGGUAGAUAAUUUAACGACACUCACGUGCAAGUCCGCACAAUAGCGGAUACUUAGAAGUUUGGCGGAUUAAAGUUCCGCAUUGCGGCUUUCGAUGCUUCGCACUACUAUAAAAAAAAACUUGUACAUCAUACAGAAUCACAACACACUAUAUCAUAGCAACAUGGGUAAAAGGGCUGUCAUUAUAAUCCCCCCGUUUCUUUUAUUUCUAUCUUUUCUUCCCUAAAAAAAGAAAAGUAAGCAGGAUUUUUGAAUCUAGCACCCCCUAUAUGUCGACUGGUGCGUUAGAAUCUGCUAUCUGCUAUCUUUAUCAUUUGACCAGAGAAUUUCAUGACAUUUCAACGAUUGGAAGUGAAGUUAUUGCGUUUUAAAUGUCAGUAUGUUUGUGUUAUCGGUGCGAAAAUGAGCUUCGAACAAAGAGCCAACAUUACAUUUUGUUCUAAAAUUGGUAAAACUUUUACCAAAACGUUUCAAUUAAUGAAACAAGUUUAUGACGAUGUUUGCCUGUCCCGUAGCAGAGUGCACGAGUAGUUUCAACAUUUUCAAAGUGGUCGUGAGGACAUAAAUAACGAUCAACAUUUGGGCCAAUCAAAAUCCGUGAUCACCGGAAAUUUCAUCGAAACUGUGCGUGAAUUCAUCAAAAAUCAGCCGAAAUCAGCAUUGAAAUUCAUGGAAAUGGAAUUUAACAUCUCCAAAACAUCGAGUUAUCGCAUUUUGACCGAACAUUUGGGCUAACGAAAAGUGUGUGCACGGUUUGUUCCGCACAAGUUGAUUGACGACCAAAAAGCCAACAUUCGAAGGACAUCAUUUUGAUCAAAAAUCUCAUUUUAACCAUUAACCAUUAUGUUUACAUGAAUAAAAUGUGUGUAAUAACUUCUGACGCCAAUAUGCAGCAAACAAAUGUAUUGUUUUUGUGAGAAAUAUUCCGUUAUUUUCUUUGAUUUUAAUAAAUAUUCUUAAAUAUAUGUACAUUAAAAAAAUGAAAAAAAUCGAUUUUUUGAAAAUCCCAAGUGGAUAUAACCCCUUAAACAUUCUGGGCCCCCUAAUUUUAUAUUAGCUGUAAGAAGCGAUUUUGCUUUGGCGUGACGAGUUAUUAUUAGAGUAAACAAGUUGUUUGCUUUUACUAAUUUUAUUAGCGGUUGUUUACAAUUUCUUAUUUUAUCGCCUUUUCUGUAUUAUCGGCAAUUCUUUGCAUUUUAUUUAUUCUCUGCUUAUGAAGGAGUAACUCCACGCCUGCUUCAGAUAUGGGCAGAAUGAGUACUCCUUAGCCCUGAAGUUAGGACUGUGACUAUAGAGGGAUCUUGCGAGAGAGUGGCCGCGAAUGGAGAGAGGCUUCGAUUCGUAGAGUAGACAAUUAUUCGUAAUUAUGUAUAUUGAAGCUUUAUACAGCUGAUUCCCAUAUCCCACCCAUAAGGCUUGUCCUGAAAAUAAUAGGACCUGGAGAGUCAAGACAAACAUUUUCGGUCGCCGUUUUUCUGUGAGUGGUGCAAGCCGAAAAUGCAGCGUUCGUUAGAGCAAAGGUACGCGACUAAAUUAUGUGUGAAACUCGGUAAAUCUGCAACACAAACGUUUAAUAUGAUCAAACAAGUUUACCCAGAUGUUGCUUUAGCAAGAAAUGGUGUGUUUUGGUGGCACCAGGGCCCUAUUCCACAAAACAACUUAUCAACUUUUCACUUUGCACUUGUCAAUUGUUAUUGUACUGCAAAGUGAAAAGCGUUUCUGUUCCACAAUAUUCUUUGCGAAUCUCACUUUGCAUUGAGCAUAUUUUGGCAAAGAUUUUACGCUCUUUCCGCUCAGUGCAAAGUCUUUGCGCUUUAUUGGCAAAGUCUUUGCACUCUCUUGCAAAGUGAGUGUGCAAAGUGUUCCACAAAGCGUUUUAUCAACUUUGCAUUUCUGUCUCAUCACUUUUCACUUUGCAUUUAGGCUGUUCACGGUAAGGUUGUUAUCGGGUUAUGUGGUUAUUAAAUUAAAAAUAACCUCUAUGCUUCGUGAGCACCCUAUGUUGUAUGGUUAUUUGCUUAUUUUUACACAAACAGCUGUUCAUUGUUUUUCACUUUAGUGAAGGUAUGUGCUUAUUAAAUAAUCCGAAUUUUAAGGGUUCAAAAAUUCUUUGUAUAAAAUUUACAGAUAUCUUGCAUAAUUUGCUGAUUGUAAACAAAAAACAGCUGUUAAUAGCAGAUUUUCCAAUAAGAAAAUCUAAAUGGAAAUGCCAUUCGCUUAGUUUUAUUUAUUUUUUGUGCUGCCAUUUAGUAAAAUUUCAACGACUUUCUAACACUGGAAAUAAGCAAACAACCACAUAAUCUAUAAACAAGGGUUUUGUCAUACCGCAUUUUGUUGUUGUUUACUUAAUCACAUAACCCGAUAACCACCUUAUCGUGAACAGCCUAAUUAUUGCUUUAUAUGUGUUGUUAAAAUGAGCCGCAAAAUACAAAUUGAAAAAAAACUUACUGUUUUAAAUGUAAUAAAAGAAAAAAAAAGCAUUUUAUUUGCUAGUUUUAAAAACAACAGAGUAAGUAUUUUUUAAAUAAAUAAUUGUAAAUUUCAAGCAUAUUUAAGUAUAUAUUUCUUUGUGAAGGUUAGCAAAUUAGAUAAACAGGCAGCAUGGGAGGAUGUGUUAAAAAAAGCCCAAUCCCUACAACUGGCGUCAGCACAAAAAACAUGGACCUAUGCAAGGGACAGUUUGUUUGGGCUCUGGAAGAGCCGGACAAUGGUAAGUACAACAAUUUAUUGCCUACACAUAUCAAAUAACUAUAUUUGCAUCAUUUGUUGUUGUUGGAAUUAUUAUAUUGUGCAUUGCUAAUAACUAACAAGCAUGUUGUUGACAACAACAAAACAAAACGUCAUCAUAGACAUUGUUGUUGUGAGUUAACAGUGCACUCAAUCAACAACUCUUGGUGAUAACAACCGGUUUAACCAAAAUAUUACUAAUUGCUAUGUGUACUAGAGUGGGUCAAUUUUUUUUUUCGACGAAGCGGUUAUCAAAAUCGCAAGCUACGAUGAGUUCUAAGAAAAUUUGCCCAAGAAACCAUGGCUUUAAAAUUAAAAUCGAGCUUCCGGUUUUUAACGAGAAACUUUUUGUAUUUUUGUAAAUUUAAUUUUCUUAAUUUGCAGAGUAAAAGGGAUAACGCCCGAAAUACUGGAUCCGGAGGUGGGAAGGACAAAGUAAUGGAUGAAGCUGACUUGGCCAUCCUCGAUAUUCUGGAAUCAGACUCAGCUGUGGUAGAUGGUUUGAAUUUGCCAGAAAGUUAUGGCAACUCAGAAAAUCUACCGUCAGCUGAGAAUGAUUCCAGAAUAUCUAUUUCAGAAGAAACUAUUGCCAAUCCACCUCUAAACCCAAGAAAGAGGAAGCGCUCUACCAAGUUUCCAAGUGAAACUUUGGAUAGAGAGAAAAAAUGCCGGCUGGAGCUCCUUGAGGUUGAGGUUUACUACCGGAAACUUCAAUGCCUAAAACUGGAGAGGGAGCUCCUACUUCCACCCUCUGCUAUCACACUGGGAAUUGCAACGGCAGAAACAGAAAAUAUAUCGCGUGUGUUAUUUGAGGAGGUUUGAUUACCAAUUUUUCAUUUGUGUAUAUUUAAUUUCUAAACAUUUUAUUUUGAAAUAAUUUGUGAUAAAAACAAAAAAAACUCUGAAAUUAAUAAAACUAUGUAUAAAUACAAAAAUACUUCCUUUAUUAUUUAUUCUCUGAGACCUUAAUCUUAAACCCAAUAAGAUACAACGCUUUUGCAGUGGAAAAAAAGUCAUGACCAAAACACCACUUUUAUUUUAAAACAAUACUAUAAUAGUUGGCAUUAGGUUAAGUAUUGUAGCAGGGAAGUAACCCUUUCCAUUCCACUCUCUUGAUCUAUAUUAUUAAGGGCAUCAUUUUCUUCUUCAGCAUUUUCAUCCAAUUCCUCGCUUUCAUUGUCAGUGUCUUCAGUGGGCUGCAUAUUUUCACUACUUCUUCCGAUGCUACAGGCAAUAUUGUGUAAGAUGGCACAAACUAUGUCUGUCUUUCCUGCAAACUCAGGCCUCAGUCGCAAAUAAUUUAGACACGGGAAUCUUUCUUUAAGAAUGCCAAAACUAUUUUCAAUUAUGCGGCGUGUUUUUUUGUGGCAACGAUUGAAAACUUCUUCAGCAGGAUUAUUGGGAUUUCGGCGUAAUGGUGGGAUCAACCAGUUUUUCAAUCCAUAACCACUAUCACCCAAAACAACAGCAUCCGGAAAUGGUCUCCAUCCAUUGUCAAAUUUUUGACUUACAGCCGAAUUCCGUAGGACCCUUGAGUCAUGAACGCUGCCCGGCCAACUUGCAUUUACACUGUAAAAUGUGUAGUCUGGCCCACAUAUCAUCAUCACAUUCAAUGAGUGGUUUCCAUGCCGGUCAACAUAUCCUUCCUCGUGUAAUGGAGGCGCAUCAAUUUUAAUGAUUGUGCCAUCAACGCAACCACACACAGAAGGGAAUCCACCCAUCAGAAAAAACUUUUCAGCAAUACCACUGACAUCAUCGGGCCAUCGCACUGUUUUUUGAAAUAAAACGUCUAUUAUAAUGUCGACAACUCUAUGGAUGGUUCUGCAAACUGUGGAUUUUGCAACACCAUGCAAGGCUGCAACUCCAUGGUACUGGCAACCAUUUCCGAGCCAAUGCAGGCACAGUAGCAGUUGAUUUUCAGCCGACAAAGCAUGACUGCGCUGUGUAUUGUGCUCUAAUUUUUGUCCAACAUUAUUUAAAAGAAAAUCCACCUGGAUUCGAUUUAAACGGAAGCACUCUUUAAAAUUGAAAUUUUGUAGUCCCGAAAAAUUAAUUCGGUCUCUAUAAUUUCUAGCUUUAACCGCGUCUUCACUAUUGUCGAACAAAAACUCACGUCUUAACAUUUUGAAAGCUUGACUAGUUAUGAUAAUAUGAAUUUGCAAAGCGAUCAUUUACCUAGCAAAUUUUUGACAAACUUAUCAAAUUUUGCUUUGCAAAAAUAGAGUUUACAGUUUUUGUGGAACGGAACAGCAUAAUUAUAUGCAAAGUCUUUGCGAAUUACACUUUUCAAUAUAAGCUUUGCACUUUGCAAAAGAGAACGUACGUGGAACAGAAAUUGCAAAGAGAACAUAAAAAUUGCAAAGACUUUGCAAAUUACACUUAUCAAUUUCAACUUAUCACUUAUCAAAUUUCAUAGUUCUGUGGAACAGAAAGCUUUGCAAAUUGACGAAAAAUUUGCAAAGUACAAAGUGAAAAGUUGAUAAGUUGUUUUGUGGAAUAGGGCCCAGGCCUUUUUGAUGGUCUUGAAGAGAUCGCUGAUAAAGAAAAAAAGGGAAGAGAAGAAUGAGCAAAUCCAAAGUGAAAACGAUGUUCAUUGUCUUGUUUGACAUCAAAGACAUCGACCAUCAUGAAUUUGUUCCUUCUAGACAAAUCGUCAACGCCAACUUUAACGUGGAAGUCCUCAAGAGACAACGCCCCGGCUCACACCGCCUUUCUUGAGAACAGCCGUUACAUUAUAUAUGUAUAUAGUGAUACUAAAUCCGAGGCUCCGUUCGCUCCUUGUUGUCAAUUUGUUAACAAUAUAAUGGAAUAGUUAAAUUAGUAAUCUACUUUUUUUAUUGACUUCUUAAAUCACUUUAAGAGUAGUACAUACGAGAAACAUAUGAUGAGUGGUUAACUUCAACUUCGUGCUUUACCAGAACAAUGACCAAAAUGAAUUGCCAAAGCGCGAGUAAAUAAUAAUAUUGCUCUGAAGGAAGCUAUAAAAGAAGUGCGGUAUAACCUUGAACCAAAUUUUGCAAAAAAGUAAUUUAAAGUAUACCACGACUUCUUAAUGAUGUCUUUGAAUGCAAUUGGAAGUCAAGCAAGUAUUCUAUGUAUUAAGAAAAUUUUGGUGUUCCACUUUGGACAAUGCUCAUAUUAAAAAAUUAUAAAACAUAACUAGCUGACCCCGCAGGCGUUGUCCUACGUGAAAUUAUGUGUUUUGGAAUGAAAGGAAAGUUGAAUUUAUAUUGUGUUGUAAAUCAUUUAUUUGCGAUUUGCGUUCCGGCGCGUAAAUGUACAGAGAAGAUGGUUUUCCAACUCCUGAACACGACACGUAUGUAUCAUAGCAUAUCCUGAUUUACGCCACACUCUUCUAGCGACUAUCCUUGUGUCCUGUUGAUUGUCAUCGCAAAUGCAAUUUUCUCUGAAAACUGAAUACGUUUGAACUGAAAUGGCAAAUCGUUGAAACUCAAAGAACAAUCGAACAUUCUGCGCCCUUGUAUUCGAUAGCUGCGUCACAAUCAGUCGGGUUCCAUUACACAGUUUCGACGCAUGAAGAUUGCAAAACAUAAUAAUGUCAGAUCCAACUUUGAGACGCAAAUGAUGCGGCGGCAUACCAAGCCCCUACAAAGAAGUUAGAAAUUCCUCUGACUAAUGCACAGCUUCGUCUCCGUUAAACCUCCCGGAAUUUGAUUUUGAAACUUCCAGUUUAAGUCAUUAACAUCGGUAUUUUUGGAAGCUAAAAUUGCUCGUACGGAUAAACAUUUGUGAUGAGCUCAUCUUUUGUUGAAGUGAACUGACAAAAGGCAGGUGGAAUUGAUAUCAAACCACUGGAAAUAUAAACCUAAAUUUGCUCAUUUUCAAUUCUUAGCGAAUGCGAUGUAAAAUGUCUUUGACAAUGUCAUUUGUCAUUGUUCGUAUUCGUCGAAAUGAUGAUUGCGAAAAGUGUGCGAACUUCAGUGAGAUGUGAAGUAAAAACGAUGUAAAAUGUCUUCGGUAAUGUUAUUUUUGUUCGUAUUCGUCGAAAUGAUCAUUGCGAAAAGUGUGCGAUUUUCAGUGGGGUGCGAAGUAGCUAUCGCAACGUCCAUCGUUCGAUUCCAGUGAUUAUCAUGUUCCAGCAAUUGCAAUUGCUGGCAGAAGCACGCAAGUUGCACACACAAGUUGAGCCACGCACAUUAAUCAAUAGCAAUCGAAGGUAGAACCAAUCGUCGUUUUACGUGUGGAUUGUAUAAAUUAGUCCUAAGGCAUUAGUUGAGAACACACAUGGAUGUCCAUCUACUGCUUGGCUUUGCUUUCUGUGUAAACAUUUCUUCGACGAUGCAUUCCAUGUAUCAAGGCAUUUCCGAAUAGAGCAAUGUUCUCGCAAACGGAUUACUGGCGCAAGUUGAGAAACAACUUGUCAAUGUCAAUUUUGUUGUUGGCGGUGUUUCUGUUGGCUGUACUGUAUUCUCUGAGUUGAAAUACCCUCUCUAGCUUUCUCCAAAUAAGCUGCGAGAUGCACAACAGUCGGAAAGCGUUCAUGAAUUGCAAAAGUAAAUACCUUAUAAAACAUCAUUGCAGUACACGUAUCGCCCCAUUUGAUACUUGCUGAUCUCAUCCCGUUCAAGGUCAAUUAUCGCCGUUAUAAGGCGGUUACUUAUGGUAACCACUGUGAAAUAAGUGUUCAAAUUUUUCGUUUUGUUUUCUUUAUUUAAAACAAUAAAAUACAUAGUAUAUUAAAAACGACGAUGGUGAUUAUUAAAACAUUGUUUUCCUUCCCUGUAGCAAAGAGGUACUUUGCAUAUUAUGCAGCUCCAUACUGUGCGUACUGGUUUGUUUUUCGUGCUGCAUGCACUGCAUCGCCUUUUAGUACCUCUUAUGGGUUGAUGGUUACCUUCAGCAAGUCGUAUUGAUUCAGGUACCUCGUGUUUGUGCUUCUUGAUAGAAGCACAUUUAGGUGAAGAUUUGCCAGAGAUUUGCGAAAACCUUCUCUUAUUGCUGACAUAGGAUGGUGCAGGCAUAUUUUGAUAAACUUGGCGUCUAAAGUCUUUGAGGCACAGUUCAUCUAAUCCUGAUGUUUCGUCUUUUUGGCACUCUUUAUAAAUUAGGAAUGCAUUUACCACUGUGCAAUCUAAAAAAUGAAAGAAUAUGCGGUGCCACCACUUUUUAGAUUUUCGAUCAAUCGCGUAGCUACCCUUCAAUUGAUCGAAUUUUUCUACGAAGUUCAUGUUUUCGUUAUAAUCUUUCAAUGCUAGAGGGCAAGGCAUUUCCAUUUUCUCCCCAGUUUUUUCUGUUCUUCGGAUACAAACUUCAUUUCUAGGAUCGUGAAAAUUACUUAAGAUGAAAACAGAACGUUUAUCUUUCCAUUUCAGAAGUGAAACCAUUUGAUUAUCACUGAUUCGAUAAUCAAACUCGUCGCGCUUUAGUUGCUUAUCUGGCUUCAAAUUUGGAAGGUGUUUACGCGAUUCAUUUACUGUUCCACAUGCAUAUAUCUUUUUAUGGCAUAAGUCGACCUGGAGCUCAUAGCUAUUAAAAUAAUUGUCGAAAUAUACUCUAUGGUUCUUGUUUUCCAGUCCCUCGCAAAAUUUUUUUACGACAUUACCUCCUAAAUUAGUUUCCACCUUAUUUCCGAUUUUUCCCGCAUAUAUAUUGAAAUCCAGACAAUAUCCUGAAGAAGCACACUUUGUCCAUACCUUGUACCCCCUUUUGAUAGGCUUUUUGGCAUAUACAUAUUGCUUCAGACUGCUUUUACCUUUGAAUUUGAUCAUUGACUCGUCGAUAGUGAUCUUUUCAGAGUGGUUGUAGUGUUUUUUUGUAAGAUUCUCGGAGCAUUUCUAUAAAAGGGCGCACCUUAUAUAAUCUAUAUAAAUAAAAAUGAAUCGCCAAAAUGUAUGUACGCUCAUAACUUUAAUUCGACUGAACCAAAUUUGAUAAUUCUUUUUAUAAAAUGGUCGCUGAGGAUCAGGGAUGGUUUAUGCGGAGAAAAAAAUUCGAUUAAUUGCCGGAAAACCCCUAAAAACAGCCCUUUUCUUUUUCCCAUACAAACGAAUGAAUGUUUGUUUAUUAGUAACGCUAAGGGAACGACUGAGCCAAUUUUGGUGAAAUUUUCAGAAAAUGUUCCAUAUGGAUCGGGGAAGGUUUAGAAAUAAAAAAACCUGUAUGCUUUUGGUGAGAAAAAGUUGAAAAAUUGGAUUAUUGCAAAAAGUUAAUUUUUUCCAUACAAAUUUUUUUUUAAAUUUCUUGGUUUUGUGUUUCAAUUAUAUAAAUCUUUUAAAUUUGGCGUUUGCCUGAAAAAUUUUUGAAAAUUAUUCAGUGAAAAUGUUAUGUGUUUUUCACACAAAGUGAUCAAUUAAGAUCCAGUAUUAAACGAAGUGUCGAAAACAAAUAUGCUUCAUGGACCUUGCGGACACCACAAUCCCACUUCGGUUUUUAUGUCUGACAAUAAAUGCACGAAACAGUAUCCACGUGAUUUCUUUUGGAAACACAAACUAGAAGUGAUGGAUAUCCACUCUAUCGGUGUCGCUCACCAGAAAACAAUGGCGGAACAUUCAGCAUUCAAUUAAGAAGAGUGAAUAUCGAAGUUGACAACACAGGGAUCAUACUAUAUUCACCAUAAUUGACUAAUUCACAUUCAAAUGUCAUAUCAAAGUUGAGUAUUGCAGUUUGGUGUAAUCGAUAAAAUACGUUUGUAAGUACGUCACCAGAGGAAGCAAUAUGACGGUCUUGAACGAUACGGUCAAUACGUGAACUGCACUAAAGCGCAUUGUAGGAUAUUUAUUUUUGCAAUUCAUGAACGUUUUCCGACUGUUGUGCAUCUCGCAGUUAAUUUGGAGAAUGACCAAAGAGUCUAUUUCAACCCAGAGAAUACAGUACAGCCCGUGGAGACACCGCCAGCAACAAAAUUAACAUUUACGAGUUUUUUCUCAACUUCCGUCAGUGAUCCGUUUGCGAGAACAUUGCUAUAUUCGAAAUACGUUUAUAUUAUAAAUGGGAUGCAUCAUCGAAGAAAUAGUUACGCAGAAAGCAGGGUCAACCAGUAGAUGGACAUCCAGGUGUGUUCUCAACUAAUGCAUUAGGACGAAUUUACCUAAUACACCCGAAAAACGACGAUUGCUUCUACCUUCGGUUGCUAUUGAUAAAUGUACGCGGUUCAAAUUCAUUUGAGUCAUUGCAUACUGUGAAUGGUAUGUAGUGUGCAUUUUUUGGAGAAGCAAGCCAGCAAUUACAAUUCCUGGAAUAUGACAAUCACUGGAAUCAAACGAAGGACGAUACGAUAGCUACUUCGAAUGCCACUGAAGUUCGCACACUUUUCGCGAUGAUCAGCCUUCAAAUCCGCGUUAUGGGAUACGACCAAAAAUUACAUUGCCGCAGACAUUUUACAUCGUAUAUACUAAGAAUUGGAAAAGGGUCAAUACCGGUUGAUACUUCCGGUGGUUUGAUAUCAUUUCCAUCUGCCGUUUAUCAAUUAACGAAAGAUGAACCGAUCAUCAUAAUCGGACAUUGGACAAAUUAUCGUAACUACGAUUCCUUGACUGCACGCGCAACCUUAGCUGCACCAAUACCGGUGUUUUUGACUUAAACUGGAAGAUUCAAAGUAAAAUUCUGGGAGAAUUGUGGUCAUAUAAAUCAAUCGGUCGUCUUGAAAAUUCAGACGACACCGUGAAUUAUCCAGUGGAAUUUCUAAAUUCUUUGGAGAGGCUUGGUAUGCCACCGUAUCAUUUGCGUUUAAAAGUUGGAUCUGUCGUUAUGAUGUUUCGCAAUCUGAUUGUGACGCACCUAUCAAAUAUAAGGGGCCGAAUGCAUGAUUCUACGGAUUUAUUUUGAGUACUAACGAUUUGCCAUUUCAGUUCUAACGUAUUCCGUUUCCAGUGAAAAUUGAAUUUGAAAUGACGCUCAACAUAGUCGCAUAGUGGGUGGCAUAAAUUUGGAAAUGCUAUGUUUUUCACAUAGCCAGAUAUACGUGGCGUGCUCACGAGUUGGAAAAUCAUCUUCUCUGUACAUUUACGCACCGGAAAAGAAACCAAAAAAAUAUUGUUUAUCAAGUUGCGUAACAUUGAAAAGAAAUUUAGAAAAAUCGCAAAUAAAUGAUUAUCAACCCAAUAUGAAUUUUUGACCUUUCAUUUCAAAACACAUAAUUUCACGGAGGACAACGGCUGCGGGGUCAGCGAGUUUGUCAUAAUUCGGAUCGUUCCGUGAAGGCAAAAGAUUGUUGUCAUUUAAAUGUAAGUGUCCAAGAAGCCAUGCAAAACGGUUGAAUGUGUGAUAUAUAUUCGUCAUGCAAGUCAGGUGAGGAUGACAGUAGUCUCUAUAACUUGGACUUUUCUUUAUGCCCAUUAUUAAAUUCAAAGCAAUGAAAAUGGACAUCUCUUCUACACUGACUGGAUUAUAAGAAACUCCCUUUUGUUGAGCAUAUAGGUUCGUGUGAAAUACUAUAUGUUGCAUAAUGUUAUCCGACCAAAGUAAAUUAAAAAUUUUGAGAGGAGUCACACUAUGGCUCUCUACUAAAUCUUAUGUUUCGUCCGGAAAAUGAGAUGAAGGCUCAAAGUUAUCAGGAUCCAAAAUUGUAUACGCUUUCUUCCAUUUGGGAGGUUGCAAUGAAUGAAAUGGUAGCGGAGCAACUUGAUUAGCCGGUUUAUUGCUUACAAGUAGCUGAGCUAAUGGAAUUUCAUCGCCAGAAUCAAACUCGUCAUCUGACCGAAGAAGAUUCUGCUCUAUUAAAGGAGACUCUUCAUCCCAUUGAUCAUCCUCAUCAGACAGAUCACCACCUGCACAGCUAUCAAUGUCUGAAGGUAUAUCUUCAAACAAGAAUGCUUCAAUUUCCCGAUCCGACAACUUGUUCUUGGCCAUUUUACCUAAAAAGAGAAAAUUUAUUCUACCUUGCACUUCACCGUGAACUUUCUCAUAGUUUAGCCACUUACUGCACGGUGGUUACCGCUGCUAACCACUUUUAAGAAGUCUAAUUUACUUAAAAGUUUUAAAAGAUUUUACUUUUUUUUGUUAAUAACAAAGUACGCAAUUUGCACAAAAUUAAAACACAAUAUUUAUUUUUUGCUCACAAGGGAAGAUAAAAUUAGCACACACAACCACGACUGUGAAGUUCACGAAUUUUACUAAACUUUCAUAACUGUAAUCGACGGUUGCUCUGUUUAUUUUCAAAUAGGUUUUUUCAUAAGAAUCGCAUAGCUUGCUUAUUGACAGCUGACGUUACCUAUGAUUUCCGUAAGAUUUGCGCUGUGUUGAGUAAAACCUCAAAAUAUAUGUAGGUGGUUACCGUGACGAAAGAGUAACGAAAAGAGUUAAAAGGCAAAUAUUUCUGUGAAAAAAGACAGUAAGUAAGGCAGCAGAUGAUCAAUCGGCCGAAUAUCGUAGAAAAUAUUGAGGAUUGAAAAUCUAUAAAGUGCUAUAAAUAAGCCUAAAUUAAAAUACAUUUAGAUACAUAGCUGUAAUGUGUUACAACAAAUGGUAGUAGGACGUCUGUAGUGGGGAAAACUGUAUAAAUUGGGAGCGGUCCGCCCUAACAGGUUUAAUAUAUGUAUUGUACAUAUCUCACAAACCAUUAAAGCUAUAACCACCAAACUUACUCAGAAAAUGUAAUCCCAUGCCUAAAUCCAUAUGUCCCAAUUUUAAAUUCCAUUUCAUUCUUUUAUUUUUAUUAUAUAUAUAACUUAGAAAAAUGUAGUAAAGAAGCUUUUGUAUUGUUCACCUGACGGUUGGAUGUGUCUCUUAAAUAAAUCGAGAUAGAUAUAAGGUUAUGUAUGUAUAAAUGACCAGGAUGACGAGACGAUUCCAAAUUCGAGUGACCGAGCGCAAUAAAUCAGUAUCUAAAUAUGCCAGGGACACUAAAUUUUACUCCCGAUGAAAGGGCUUUAUGUAGGCUUACCACAUUCCCUGAUUUGUCAGGGAAUUCCCUGAUUUUGACCUUUGGCACCGAUUCCCUAAUUUUCGUGAAAAAUGCAGUAAUCCCUGGUUUACUCCUGAAUCGGCGAUUUUUUUUAAAUCAUUAUUUUUUUUUUUUAGCGAGUGCGUGAAAAAAGUAAGCAUCACAGUAUUAGUCUACUUGGGCGUUUUGAGUUUGCGCACCACGCGUAGGGUGCAUUUACAUGAAUCAUAUCUUACAUGGUUGCGUUCCAAAACUCGAACUUGUUCAACAGGCGAAAGUUUUUAUCGGUAAAAAAUUCCUGCGCGAGUUGAAAUUGGUUGGGUACUUUACUCAUAACACUGUAUCUUUGUUCCUAAAAUAGUUAAAAUUGGUCAAAGACGUGACCUAGCCAUAUUAAUAAUAUUAGGAUUUUCAAAAUUCGGCUGAAUUUUAGAAUGAAUUUAAUGAAACCUGUAGUAUCGGGCCGAUAUUACCCCAACUCUCAUAUAUUGCAUGUAAUGAUUUUCGUUUUUCUAACAAACCAAAUGCCGAAAAUGUUGGUCAUAUCGUCGCUCGCAUGACCAACGAACGGAACUGACAUUUACAAAAUUUUACAGGAGAGCAGUUUUAAUAUUUUUGACCCUUUAUUCCAUUGUCCCUGUCGAAAGGUAUGCAUGAUAUUUUCAGUCUGCUUUUCUAAUUAUGUACUCUGACGUCUACUCUUCAAUAUUAUUAUGGCAAAAUGGUAUUAUGCGAUUUUUUGAUUGCAAUGCAGAUACGUUACCUUUGUGACAUUUUUUUUGCCUAGUUGCAGAUACGUUUUUUUUUAUUAAAAAAAACAGGAUUUUGAAUUGAUUUUUUUUUAAUCUUUAUUGGACUAUAGAUAUGAAAUACAAAAAUAAAAAAAUUUAAUGAAAAAAAUAUUUGUAGUUAAUGAGGAAGGGAUUUAUAAAAAUUUGUAUGUUCACAUAACUUGAUUACUGGCGUAACUCCAGUAGUAAGCGAUACUAAAUCUUCGUAUUUAUUUUGAGGUAUUUUAGGAGGAGUCGUGUUUAAUUUUGAAAUCUCUCCCGUCAAUAAACUGACAACAGGGCGUUUUAGAGUCAAGGAUCUAUCAUUUUUGUCUGUAUGUUUAUUUUUAAAAAACAAUUAGAAAGGUUCUCCUUUUUCUACUCUGUACUCAACCAUUUCGGUCCAGUUUAUUGGUUCUCCUGAGUCGUCUUUUCGAAUGGAUAAAAGUUUAAGAUCGGUCGACAAUUUCUUGAAAUUUAAAAAAUCAGAAUAAUCCAUGGUAACUACAUCGUAUGGCUUCUUUAUCCGCGCCAGCCUGAAUAUUGGAUUUAGUUGACUUGGAACAGGAGCAUCACCACUUUUCUUUAAGGCGUAGGAGAUAGCGCUGUGGGCAAAAUCUCCUUCGUUUUGUCCAUGGCAAGGUACCGAUGUUCUUAACUCUAUUUCUUCAAUAUUAGUUGAGUUGUUUACUAUAUAUAGUAAUGUAGCAACUGUCACUGAAUUUUUGUUCUGACCACUACAUCCGUCGUCAAACAGAUAAACUUUUUUGCAGCCAUUAUUGUCAUACUUCUGAAGAAAAUGAUAAACAGCAGUAGACACUUCAGAUGCGCCUCGUUUGCUAAUUUCUUCGUGCCACGUGUAGCAAGAACAAUCACCAGAUACAAUAUUAUAGAAUGUCAAAUUAUAUACAGAAAGGCGUCUCUUAUAAAAUACAGUAUUGUCCAUUGAAAUUGGAAGACUUAUGACUUUUGACAUAGUUGCGCACAGAAUUGUCGGGUCUAUUUUAGCGGUUUCUUUACAUCCAUUUCUAAUUAGUCGAAAUUUGUUUUUUUCCUCAUUGUGUAUUUCAAACCGUUUGCUUAAAUUAUUUUUGACUUCUUCAGUUCCUUUAUGAUAACUCAUACAUAGUCCACACUGAUCUUUUUUGGGCCGAUGGAAUGACACAUUUUUUGUUUGAAAUAUCUUUCGAUAAGUCGAAAGGCUGGCAACAGCGUCCUCUCCAAUUUCCUUUGUAAACAAACUAUACAUUUUUUUUUAUUGUCAGAUCGCCGUUAAGGUACUCUCGAGUCGAGUUGUUACGGCAAUAAUGAGACUCCACUUGUGGAAAUCUAUCAAUAUGGCUUUCCACUUGAAGAGUUAUAAGUCGAUCUCUUUUGAUGUAAUUUUGACGACGACCUUCUCGUUUAUCUUUGUCUACAACUCCUGUUGAGGUAAUUUUAGACAUCGCUGUCCUGACUACUUGUUCGGAAACUGCUAGGGUAUUUAGGAAAAAAAAUGGCAAACUUGUUUACGUACGCCAUUUAAUGGAAGGUAAUAUUUCUGACUAUUUUUUCUUCUUGUGAGCGGGCCAGCUGUCUUACGUUUUAUUUAAUCUUUUUCAAUAUACCGUACAAUACAUUCCCUGUGGAAUUGCAAUGAUCCCAAUGCCCAAAAGUCUUUAAAUAUUAACUGACGUUUGUUCGGAAAAACAAAAACAGCUGCGUCUUUUCUUUUUACAAAGUUCUAUAUUGCACGUAGGACCCAGUAUUCGUUUAGGUAUUGUUUUGUUAUGAAUUCGGGUCUGAUACUCCUUUCCAGAGUUCUUCAAUUUUUGUGCCACUUUCUUUUUGUUAGAUUUGGUAGCUUUAUGUUUUUGAGAAUGAGAUUCACCACCUUCUACUUCAUACAUUUCAGGAAAAUCAUCAGACGUUUCUAUGGAGUGCAAAGUUCCGGGUAGGGGAUCAUAAUGCGUUUCACAUGUUAUAUUUAUGGUAAAAUGAGUAGAGCAGAGCAAACAACCACAUUUAAAGCAGGAAAUGAUAACAUUUCUGCCGCAUCCUAGAAUUUCACAAGAUUGUUCCAAUUUUUCUGUCAUGUUUAAGACCUUCACUAAGGAAAUUCUACAUUUGUUUUUGAUUUAACAAAAUAUUUGUACACUUCUACUUACCUUUUAUUAUGCCACUAUUCCUUUUGAUAAUAACACUUAAAAGAUUUUUUAACUACACGUGUACCAAUGAACAUUACAAUUGAUGAGAAUCGCACGACAUUAUAACGGUAAAAAUUAUGACACAUAAUUGCAGUAACAUGUGUUUUUGUUCUUCUUCUUCCUUUUGAAAUAAUUUGGCAGUCACUGUUGAUAUGGCGUUAUCACUGACACUGCAAAGCAUUGCCAUUGCAAGGCGUUAGCAGUGCAAAGCAUUGCCACUACAAACCAUUGCCUUUUGAAAUAGUUAAAUUAUAGGGGUAUUCUCUUGCUCUUGCAAGAUUGCAGAUUGCAAAAAUACUACACCGAAAUAUACAAGGGCACGAGAGCACCCAUUGCAGAAUCUAGUGAUAUAUGAGCGACUGAUUCAGUCAAUUUAUUGUAAAUGACUAUUGUGCAUGGCUAUUGUGAAUUGGCACACCUUCUGCAUACAUUUUUAACAAAAAAAACUGUAACAAAACUUUAUAAUUUAUACAGAAAUUAUAAAAUAUAAUUAAAAUUUACCUUUCUCAACAAUUUAACGACGUAAUAUGUCUUUAUGUAAAAUGGCAACUACAACAGGGUUGCAAUUUUAUUUUUGCGUGACAUUACACGCUAAUAUACACGGGUUUUGGUCUGACAUAUUUCACAGCCUUUGCAAAUAUUUUUCUGCGUGUGUUUGUUGUUGUGCCGUUGUAAAUUUGCAAUGCUUGCACCGUGCACCGGGUUUUGCAAGAGCAAGAGAAUACCCCUAAUAUUAAAUUUAGUUGUUUAAGCACUUAACAAUGAUAUUCAAUAAUAUUUAGUAUUAAUAUCCGAACAUUUCUUAUGACUUCCGAAAACUGGAUAUUAUCGAGGACACCCUAAUGUUUAUUCGCUCAUUUAUAUUUUUAUACUCUAUCUCUCUGUGGAACAGGGUAUUAUAAGUUAGUUUUGCCCCAAAUGUUUGUAACACCUCGAAAUAUGCGAGCUAGACCCAUCUUAAAGUAUACCGAUCGGCUCAGAAUCAGUACCUGAUUCGAUUUAAGCAUGUCUGUCCGUCCGUCCGUACGUCUAUAUUAUAGUAGGCCACGCCAGACUUUAGCCUUUCCUUACUUGUUUUAUAAGAACACUGUAGUUUUGCAUGCAUUUUGUUGGCAUAUUAAAUAAUAUCUUGCAAUAAUAUUGGAAAAUUUCUUUAUAAAGUAUAGCAGUAGGUAUUAAAUUGCAGUUACCUUAGUUAGUGAAAAUUUUUUUUGGUCUAUCUGCAGAUACGUUGAAAAUGUUAUGGCGUUUUCUGAGAUAACGGUACUAUAUACAAUCACAUAAUUUACACACAAGAUGCGACAUGCCUAAAGAAGUCCCAUAGUGGUCCUAACUCAAUUUCGGAAAAAAUGUCAGUUCCGUUAGUUGGUUAUGCGAGCGACGAUAUAUUAUACAUAUAAUGUAUAUAUAAGUAUGUAUAUAAAAAUUCUUGAAUUCCAAUCCUCUAGUAUUUUUGAUCUUUAUGGUUCUUCCUUGGCUUUGAUUCCUGCAAAUUGCAAGAGUAUAAAAUAUUCGGUUCCACACUAACACACCCACAAAUUUUACAAAGUUUACCAUCCUCACAAAAAUUGACUAUGGAUUGCAAAUUAUGGCAAGAUCUCGAAAUUAUCUCUUACUAAAAUAAGGAGCGCAUAUCAUGCCGCGGUCCGAUUUAGCCUUUGGGGCCUUUCGGACAACUCCUGUCAAAUAUCUGCUAACCGAAGGGGGUUUUCUUUCAUAGUACAGUGCGUGAACUUUGGUUAGCCGCACAUGCUUUUUGGUGGUUUAACAUAAGAGUUAUUGUCAAAAGUAACUGAUUUUAGAAUAUUUCAAAAUACUUCAUUAUUGGGAAAGAGAAGGAAAAUAUUUUGACGUUUCAAAUGUAUUACAGAAACAAAAAAGAUAAAAUAUUGAAAAUACAACGUAACUAUACGCGUACUUAACUCAGCGGCAUUACAAAAAAUUAGAGAAUUAAGCGGUUUUCACAAAAGAUUAGCAAAUUUUGCGCUUUUAAUAUGAAGUUGCACCCGCAUUCUUAUUAAUUACUUGGAAAAUUCUGGCUGGGAUCGAGUCAAUUAACUUUUGCAGUAUUCAUAUAAGUACCUCUAUCCAGAUCCAGCCACGCCUGCAAAAUUGCUGUUUUUAGCUCCUGCGCGGCUAAGUACUGGCGCCCAUUCGCAUACGCAGCCCUUGCAAUUAUGCCCCAAACAUUUUCAAUGAGGUUUAAAUCCGGACUACGGGCUGGCUAUUUAGCAACGGUAUAGAGCGCGAAGCAAAAAGUUCUUUUGCCUUCUAUCCUCCAAAUACUCAUUGAACACAUCAUCCAACAUCUCAAUAUAUUUUUCCAAAUCCAUUUUCGUCUUAAUAAUACAUAGUUUGAGCUCUCCAAGGUAGGAGAACCCACCCUAUACCACCAUAGAUCCACCCCCGAAUUUAUGGCUCGUUCUGGGAAGAUUAUUUUCGCGCAGAUCAUGCCAAUAAUAACUGAACCUAUCAGAUCCGUCUAAAUUAAACUUUUUUUCAUUAGAAAAAACAACAUCGUGCCAGCAAUCGGUCCAACUCAUAUGCUUUUUCGCAAAUUUAAGUCUGGCUACUUUAUUGACAUGCGUAACUUGUGGUUUUUUUUAAUUGCUUUUUCAACUUUAUGUAUCUGUCUGCAGCUAAAAUUUUCUGAACUCUUUUUCCAAUUGGGGGAUUUAAUUUUGCUAUAAUUUUAGAGGCACUCAACUGAUUUUGAGUAGCUUUUACUUUAAUAAUAUUAACUUGCCGGCGAGAUAUCUUGGUAUUCCUCCUUGAUUUUUUGUUGGAUAUGCCAUUUUUAUCUCCUAAUUUCAGAAGAUUUCUCACGACUUUCUCUAACCUUUUGAUUUGCCGGCUGAUUGGUCUGUUAGAAAGACAAUUUUCCUUCAAAAUUUUAAUUUGUCUCUUUUCCACAUCAUUUAAAAACUUGUAUCUAGCCAUUUCAAUCACACUGUUGUCAAUUGAAUAUAAUUAUAUAGAAUAAGUCUAAAUGUUAACAAAACUUGACAAAACAAUAUUAAAAACACAGAGAACUUACCGCAAAAACGAUAAAAAUAAGACUGCGGCUUACAAAAGUUCGCACCAAUUGUCAGACAAUAUUCACAUUUUGCUAUUUUAGUACCGCUAUGUGUUCAAAUUACUUGAAUAUAAAAUAUAAGAAGUGCGUGGCUAUAUAAGCCGUGGCAGCGCCAACAUAAUCAAUCAGUGCUAAGAGUAAACUGUUAUAGUGUAGACGAGUUGUAAAAUAAAGAGUUGUUGAAUUGAAUUAAACAGUUUUUGGUUUUAUUCGUCAAUCCAGAGAUACGAACCUAGCAAAGUAAACUAGCAAGCAGUAAAAUCGUAACAAUUGGUGUCAGAAGUGGGAUUGUCAAAUAAUCCAAAUUCAAGAUGGUUAAAUUCGGAGAAUUGAGAAUUCAGCAUUUGAAAAAGGAACUGGAGGAGCGUAAAUUGCCGAUAAGCGGGCAAAAGGCGGAUCUGCAGGCACGAUUACGUGAAGUAAUGGAAGCGGAUGGAAUUAAUGUGGACGAGUUCGAAUUUGAUGGGCCAGAAACUUCUACAAAGGUAGAAGAAAAAGUAGAAGAACAACGAACAUCAUAGAGUGUGGACAUGAACAUGCUGUUAGUGGCUUUAACAGAAAAUUGCUGAAAAUACAGAAAAUGCAGUGCAAACAGGAAAUCGUCUGGCACAGCAAAUAGCUGAAAAUGCAGAAAAGGCAGUGCAAACAGAAAAUCGUCUGGCACAGCAAAUAGCAGAAAACACAUCACAGUUAAAGUCUUGCCUUACACAACAAAUGACUGAAAAUAAUACGCAGUUAGAAAAGCGUUUGGUACAACAGAUUACAGAAAAUAAAACACAAGUGCAAGAGAAAUUUUCAAAAUUUGAAGACGAAUUAAGCACAAUAAAAAAUGACGAAGAAAAUUUAAGAUCAGAAUUUCUUCAACUGAGUAAUCGUAUGCGAGAACUGCAACUACAUGGCCCUGCACCAUCAACAAAUAAUCCAAGAUUGAAGGCACCCACAUUCGAUGGAAGUAUUCCAUUUCAAAUUUUCAAACUUCAGUUUGAAAAGACAGCAAUGGCCAAUAACUGGAAUGCUGCGGACAAAGUGGCGUCCUUGUUUGUAUCAUUGAAAGGACCUGCGGCAGAAAUCCCUCAGACUAUUCCAGAUUGUGAACGGGACAACUAUGAGGCAUUGAUGAGUGCGAUGGAAAGACGAUAUGGUAGUGAGCACCGGAAACAAAUAUACCAGAUCGAACUGCAAAAUAGGGGUCAGAAAAUGAACGAGUCAUUGCAAGAGUUCGCAACUGAAAUAGAACGACUGGCUCAUUUGGCAAAUGCAGAUGCACCUGUGGAUAACAUUGAGAGGGUAAAAAUUCAAUGUUUCAUAAAUGGAAUUCGUGAUGUGGACACCAAACGCGCCACAUAUGCAUUGCCAAAAAGAACGUUUGCUGAAACGGUUUCGCACGCCCUCAAACAGGAAACAGCUUCCCUACUAAGUAAACCAGCACACAAAGUACAAAGGGUUGAAAUGGAACAACCGGCGCUGAUGGAAGAAAUAUUGAAGACUCUGAAGACAAUUGCUGCACCGCGAGUAAAUACAACAGGCAGAUGUUUCAACUGUGGAAAAGCGGGUCACUUUGCCCGAAAUUGCAAUAUAAAAGUAAACCCAUCAAAACGGAAACAACCAACAGAUAACGAGGACGGAGCAUCCACAUCUCACAAGUCGUUAAACUAAAACGGAACAGUUCAAAGGGGCGUGAGCUGGUUCCCACAACUAUUUGCCCCGCCAUCUCGAUAUCACAAAUAGGUCGCCAUGACAACAAUCUUACUAUCAACGGCAUCGUAAAUGGACGACUGUCAACGCUUACUUUGGAUACUGGUGCCACACAUUCAAUUAUCCGACCGGAUGUGGUAAGAGGAACGGUUGAACCAUUAGUCGGUUGCAAGCUUCGAACGGCCACCGGGGAGGAAGCAGCUGUCGCGGGAAAAGUGUUUUGCGAAGUGGUGAUUGGCACCCUGGAAGUUAAUCACACCUUCAUCGUAGCAGAAAUCACGGAUGAAAUUAUAAUGGGAGUAGAUUUCAUGAUUGAUCACGGGGUUACUAUGGAUUUAAACAAGCAAAUGCUGUUUUGCCAGAACAUGGAGAUGCCUAUAAACACCGGAUAUGUGACCAACGUUGAAAGUAGGAGGGUGAUUGUUGAUGAUAAUCAGAGUAUUCCACCAAAAUCUGAGGCGAUUAAUUGGGCUAAAGUGAAUGGAGGAGGUGGGACUGAAGAAUUGUGGAUUGUGGAACCAACAAAAAUAGAUACACCCAUAUUGGUAGGAAGAACGCUUGUGAAAACUAGAGAAGACGCCACCAUUCCGGUCAGAGUAGUGAAUGAAUUCAACACGCCUAUAAGUCUGAAGAAAGAAGCAGUAGAGUAGAAAAUUUUUCAUAAUUAAUUUAAUUAAUGCUUUGUAUAGCUGAUUCCUAUAAAUCACCAAUGUGAGAAGCGCUUAUGUAGAUGUAGAUAAUUUUAUUAUAUUAUAAAUAUUAAUAAUAUUUAAGUGCGUAUGCAUUAAUUUGGCAAGUAGUAGUGCGCCACCGCUCUAGGAUUUGUUCAGAUUGUUUUUUUUUUUUUGUUUUUCCAUUAUUGGCGAAAGCCAUCUUGCGGGGCCGAAAAUUUGUAUGUCCUUUUAAUAUAGGGACUGUCAGAGGUAACUCUAACUUUAUUAUUUAUACCACUUUGUGGAGUGUUGGAAUAUUGUGGCUCUAGUGGUAGUCGUACGACGUACCGGCCAUUAUUUGAUCGAGUAGUUGUGGCUUUAGAGAAGUGCUCCCAAUACUGAUCUUUUAUAGUUUUGUUUGUUAUUGCGCGUUUUCUUAACGUUUGCAGUUUACUUAAUUGUGAAUUAAGGUAUUUGUUUUUAUUAUACUCAACUUGAGUUGGUAUGGUGGUGACUAGUUCUGUGACUAGUCCAUUUUGUGUUUCGCUGUGCAGCGUUUGAGAUUUUUGUGCCUUUGAACAGCAUGGUGUCUCUUGGCAAUUUUUACUAUUUUGGCUCUCGGGAUUUGCUUUUGUAAUUAAACCCGUGUUUCCUUUUGUAUAUGCGCUCCUUUGAGUUGAGGGAUAUGUGCUGUAAUGCAGCAUUGUAUGAUGUCUUUUAUGACAAUAUAGGCAGUUAAAUUUGCUUUUGCAAUUUUUAGGAUUAUGUGUAUGGGACAAGCAGUUUGUACAGAGUCUUUUUGAUCUGACAAAGUUGUUCCUUUCGUUAAUGUUUAAUUUUUUAAACUUCUCGCAAGUUUUAAGUUUAUGCCCUCUUUUACAUAGUUCGCAUGUGAACGUUUGUGUUUUGUUAAACAUUAUGUUUGAUUUGUUUUUGCUUCUAGCUUGGGGUCUAUUUAAGCUUUUAUUUUGAUCGUGUUUAAUGUUCUUUUUCUUGAUUAUUUUUUCUUCUAACCUUUCCGCAAUUUCAUAUUGGGUGGUGAGAAAAUCUUUCAUUUGUUGCCACGUUGGGCACUUUUUUCGUGAUGAGAGCGAUUGCUCCCAUAAAAGUAACGACUUUUCUGGUAAUGCGGCAGUGCAAAUGUUUACCAGAAUUGGGUCCCAGCUGUCUGUGCGAAUAUUUUGUGUCGACAGAAUCGACAAACAAUUGGAAACAGUGGAUUGUAGUGUUACAAAUUCUUCACUUGUUUCUUUCUUGAUUUUAGGCAAGUUUAGUAGAGUCGUUACUUGCUUAUCGACUAAUAUUCUUUCGUUUUCAUAUCUAGCUUUUAGAGCUUCCCAAGCCAAAUUGAAAUUAUCGUCAUUAAGAGCGAACUGUUUUACUGUUAUCCCUGCUUGACCUUUAGUUUUGUAUCGGAGGUGAUACAAUUUUUGCGCUUGUGAUAAUUGAGGAUGGUUUAUGUACACGGCCGUGAACAUGUCCCGGAAGGACGGCCAUUCUUCAUAACCUCCGUAAAAGGUUUCUGUGUCACAAGCGGGCAACUCGAGUUGGAUGCCUGAACUUGCCUCUUGAUGUUGUUGCAUUUGUGGCAGCUGUAUUCUCGGAUGUGGAGUAGGUGCAACUGCUUUUAUUAGCUUUAAUUGAUCGGAGAUCAUAGCUUUCGUUUCUUCAUAUUGGUCAAGGCAGUUUUCGUACAUAUCGUAAGCCGAUGAUUUAAAAUUUUGAGGUAGAUCUGAAUUGUCAGAUUCUACUAUGGCGUCAUGAGCCGCUUGGAGUCGUGUCCAAGAAUUAUUAAUAUUUAUAAUUUUGAUUUCUAGUAGCGAUUCCGAGUUUUCGUGAAUCGGUGAAGAGGCAAAUCUAGUGCAGUAUCUUGUUAAACUGUCACUUUCUGAAAUGAAUUUAAUAACCUCUUUUGAGCGUGUAGCUCCUGCAGGUGUAUUUUGAUUUUUAUUAUUAUUCAUUGUUUUUACUGUAUGGUAAAAUAUUUGUCAAAAUGAGUUAAAUUUGUCUCAGUGUAAACCAAAUACUCUUUUCAGUAAAUAAGAGUUUAUUUAUUUCGUAUAAAACGGAUUCUUUAUUUUUUAUUAUUACCACUAAUCGAUAUUAUUUAUUUAUAUUUUAGUUUGAAGUUUGAAAAUGUCCGAACUUUUAAUUGAAUAACACUUUUUACGUCCUUAUGUUAGUAUUUAGGUACACCCUAAUACUUGGACUUAUACGAAUGUAUAUAUGUGCUUAUGAAAGUACUUAUGUUUUGUGCAAUUGAGAGCUCGCUGAGGAGAUCAAUGCGCUUUUUACAUAAGUAUGCACGAAUUAUUUGUGUGCUUAUGGUUAUGCUUUGUUCGUAAGCAAUUGAGAGCUCGUUAGAGAGAUCAAUUCGCUUUUUGUACGCAAACCUGCUUGUUUUUGUUUGCCAAACAAGAGGUAUUGCCAGAUAAUUGCCAAUGCGGACUUAUAAUAUGUGUGUGUACAAAUGUGUUAAUAAAUGUUUUGCGUAGUUCUUGCAAAGUAUGUAUAUUUUGUUGUUAUUUUUGAUAUAUACUUAUGUAAAUAUUAUUUAAUUUUUUUUUCGUAAAAGAGAGAGUUCGGAAAUGGAAUUGAAAAAUUUUUUCUCUUAUGUAUAUUUUAUACGUAAGCAAAUAUGCACUUGUACAUAGAUUCUAUUAGAACGGCCGCUUAAUAAAAAUUAUAGAAAUAUGUGAGUAUAUAAAUAUAUAUUUUGCGCUUGGCAAUUAUACAUACAUAUUGAUGUAUGUUUUGUGUAUCAUGUAGAGGUAUUUUUUUUUGCACUAAAUAGAUGUAUAUGCAUAUAUGUACAUAUGUAUGUACGUGUUUUUUGUUUCUGUUUUUAUUUUUUAGUUUAUUUUUUCAAAUAUUCCUUUCUCAAUUUUUGUAUGCAGUCCUGCUUAUUACUUUAUUAAGCAUAAGGGGUGCUGCCGGAAAUUUGUCAUAAACAUUUGAAUUUUUUUAUUUAUUGGUGUUGGACCGAAGUAAGUAUAUGCAUAAGUAUAUUUAAGGAUAUAUACAUGUAUGUGUACAUGCAAUGAUACAGAAUGUACUUGAUUAAAAUGCGGCCAUUUGAAUUUUACGGUAUAGUACAGCCGUAAAUUAAACCAGUUUGGGUACCGAUUUUCGCUAAGUUUUAACUAGGAAAACCGUACUAUACAUAUGUAUGUAUGUAUAUAUGUGCAUAUACUAAAUAUGAAAUGAAAUUAAUACGCUCACUUUGAUGUGGGUUCAACGUGUGUAUGUAUGCCUAUGCCCCUUUUUUUGCCAAUUCCUUUUGUCUUCUUCCACGGUCUUCCAGCUGCCUGACUUCUUAUGCGUAUUGUUGUUUGUAUGUAAGUUUAUGUUUUUAAGUUCGCGCCCGAAUGUUUGUUGUAUUGCUAUAUUUUUGUUUUGGGGUUUCGCGCCCGGUUUAGUGGUUUUGUGUUUGUAAAAUUUUGUGUUUAUGUUUUGGUUUUGUAAGUGUAUGCUCUUGUCAGCGCAGCUUUAUUUUUUUUUAUUGGUACCACUGCACUUUGUCUUUUUCUUGUGUAUAAGUAUAUCUUCACUUUUUUUUUCCUUUUUUGUUUGGCCCACUGCACUUUUUGUUUUGUUUUUUUUUUUUUUUUUAAUUUUUGCUUGAUUGCUGUUUUUGUUUGUUAUAUAUGUAUAUAUGUUGUUCGUUUGUUUUCUUGUUUAAUUUUGUAUUGUUUAAGAUUCGCGCCCGUUUAAUUUGUUACUUUGUAUUUUGUGUUUAGGUUUCGCGCGCGUUUAAUUUGUUGGUAGUGUUUUUCGUAUGUACGUAUCUUAAGUUUAUUUCGACUGUUUUUAUAUAGUUUUCGUCUCUCACUUUUAAAAUGUGUUUAUGCUUUCCUUUUUUAUUUAAUUAGGAAUUUUUUCCAUAUUUCCUGCACUUUUGUUGUUUACUGCCGCCUACGGAGAUUCCUUGUGGUUAUUGUUGUUUUGUGUAUUAUUCGCUCCCGAAUGUUUGUUUUGUUUUAAAGUUUCGCGCCCGUAUGUCUGUUUAUUUUUUGUUGUACCUGUUGACUGUUUUGUAUAUUUUGAUUUUUCAUGUAAUUUAUUUUUAUUUUUGUUAUGGUGGGGUCACUGCCCUUUUUUUUUGUUUUUGCACUGCACCCUUUUAUGUUGUUGUUUGUUUGUAUAUAUAUGUUGUAAGUAAGCACAUAUGUUUUUUUUGUGUGUCACUGCAUUAUGUUCUCGCACUUUGUUUGUUUUUUGCCACCAAAUUUGGUUAUUAUUGCUAUUACAUCAAUUUAUGUCAAUUUUUAUUGUUUUUAAUUUGACUGAACCGAAGGUGCCUUUCGUUAAGGCUCGAAGGACCAUGAAUAUUUUUGUACCAAAUAGAUACAUAUGUGUCUGUGGUAAUAAUUAAAUUAUUAAAUUGGUAAUAACGCACAUCCGGAAUAAAAAGACCGCAGCACUAAAGUUUAUAGUGUACAAAACAAUUUAUUAAAAAAGUAUUUGACGUUGUACAAAUAUUCCUUUUCUUAAAAUUAAAUAUUUCGAUUAUUUAGGUAACGAAUGUUGAAGAUGAGAUCGCUAUUGUCGAUGCUCAAAACUGCACCGGGACGGGACGCGAAGAACGGAUGUCGAUGCGCGCAGUGUGUCGAACGAAAGUGUAUAGCGAAAGUUGAUGUGUUGAUGGGCGAACUGCAGGUGACGAAUGCGUUGUACCUGACAAGCGGAUCAUCCUUUAUGUUUAGUGGGUUGAUGUAGAAGUGUGGUGAGUUGUGUUGUACUAGGAUGGGUCAGUUUUUCCUGGGUAGAGUGGGUGGAUGCUUACCUCCUACUCUGCCAGAAUAUAAGUGCAAUAGCACGAUGCGAACGGUCACAACAGAAGCCUACUAUUGAGCCACAGCAGAUAAGUCCUACACUCCUAAAUAAUUUGCUGAACGAACUGCAUGGAAAUGAAAAAUUAAAAGCAGAAAAACUAUUAGAAAAAUACGCAUCCAUAUUUGCAAACGAAGGAAACACAGGAAGAACCGGCAUUGUCAAACAUCGCAUAAAUACUGGAGACGCUAAGCCAAUCCGACAAGCUCCGCGUAGGGUUCCACUAGCAAAACGUGAGGAUGCUAACAAAAUUAUCGAAGACAUGCACAAAAACGGUGUAAUCGAACCUUCAAUAAGUCCAUGGAGCUCACCUAUCGUCCUAGUUAAAAAGAAAGAUGGUAGCACCCGUGUUUGCGUAGAUUAUAGGAAGUUGAAUGAUGUCACAAAGAAAGACAGUUAUCCUCUACCGAGAAUCGACGAUACAUUAGACCCCUUGUCUGGAGCGAAAUGGUUUUCUACGUUAGAUUUACAAAGUGGAUAUUGGCAAGUCGAGAUUGAUGAAUGUGACCGUGAAAAGACCGCUUUCAGUAUGGGCGACGGGUUAUGGGAAUUCUCUGUGCCAUUUGGGUUAUGUAAUGCGCCUGCAACGUUCGAGCGACUGAUGGAACAUGUGUUAAAAGGACUCAACUGGAAGACAUGUUUGGUGUAUCUUGAUGACAUUAUCAUCAUGGGAAAAAGUUUCGAUGAUCAUCUGGAAAAUCUAGAGGAAGUCUUUCAGCGAAUAGCAUCAGCCGGAUUACGCUUGAAUCCCAAAAAGUGCUCAUUAUGGAAGAAGCAGGUCACAUAUCUCGGACAUAAAGUGUCAACUGAGGGGAUUCACACCGAGGAAGGAAAAAUAAAAGCAGUUAAAGAUUGGCCUCGACCCACCAACAUACAUGAACUCCGCAGCUUCCUCGGCUUAUGUACGCAUUACCGCCGUUUUCUAGCUGGAUUUCCCUUAUUAUGAAGUUUGCAUGAUUUAACAAAGAAGAAUCGCCCGUUUGUAUGGCAGUUGGAACAAGAAAAAAUCGUUUGAACAGCUUAAAGAAUUACUUUGUACGGCGCCGAUGUUGGCUUAUCCAAUACCUGGAAAGAAACUCAUCCUGGAUACAGAUGCGAGCGCUUAUGGAAUUGGAGGUGUCCUGUCUCAGCUCAUCGACGGACAAGAAAGAGUAAUUGGGUAUUACAGCAGAGUGCUCGGGAAACCAGAGAAAAACUACUGUGUGACGCGAAAAGAACUACUAGCUGCGGUGGAAUGUGUAAAACAUUUCCACAAGUAUUUGUAUGGACAACGAUUCUUGCUGAGGAUUGAUCAUGCAGCAUUAAAAUGGUUAUUACAGUAUAAGAAUCCGGAAGGCCAAAUUGCACGAUGGAUCGAAAGAUUACAGAAUUACGACUUCGAAACGGAACAUCGAAAGGGGAUUCACCACAAAAAUGCGGAUGCAUUAUCACGUCGCCCUUGUCCACUGGAAUGUAAACAUUGCUCAAAAUCAGAAGGAAAAGAAGGUAUAAUCGACGUCCGAUGACUAAAUAUAGAACCUGAAGGUGAUUGGACUCCUCACCGCAUCAGAAUCAAUCAGCUAGAGGACCCUGAUCUUGCAAAGCUGGUAAUGGCCAAAGAAAAUGGGGUACGACCACCAAAGGAACAAAUAAGUAGCGAGAGUCCAACUGCAAAAGCAUAUUGGGCCCAAUGGAACAGCAUAAACCUCGUUAAUGGAUACCUUCAUCGUACCUGGGAAAGCGAAGAUGGCAAACAGUCUCGUCUGCUGAUCAUAGUACCGAAGUCCAUGAUCCCGAAAGUGUUGAAAGAAUAUCACAAUGGACCUAGUGGAGGGCACCUUGGAAUUACAAAAACUAUAGAGAAGAUUAAACAACGGUUCUACUGGAUCGGUUGUCGAGAUUCAAUAGCAGAAUGGAUAAGUAAUUGCGUAGAGUGCAUGGCAGCUAAAGGUCCUAAAGCCAAAAGUCGCGGUAGGCUACAACAGUACAACGUGGGAUCACCAUUUGAACGAGUCGCAAUGGAUGUUGCAGGUCCGUUCCCAACCAGUACGGCCGGAAACAAAUAUCUACUGGUUGUCAUGGACUAUUUCAGUAAAUGGCCAGAAGUAUAUGCCUUACCAAACCAAGAAGCGAAGACAGUAGCCGAAGCGUUUGUAGAAAAUUGGAUAACAAGGUUCGGAGUCCGUCGAAUUACACUCAGAUCAAGGCAGGAAUUUCGAAUCUUCCAUUUUCCAAGAAGUCUGUAUAUUAUUGGGCAUCCACAAGACACGGACAACAGCGUUACAUCCACAAUCAGAUGGAAUGGUGGAGAGAUUCAACCGAACGCUCGAAGAACAUCUGCGGAAAAUCGUUGAUAAAGAUCAACGGAAUUGGGACAAAUGCAUCCAGAUGUUCCUGCUGGCGUAUCGUUCAGCGAAGCACGAGACAACUGGUUACACGCCAGCAAAGAUUAUUUUUGGAUCUGAUCUGCGACUCCCUGCUGAUCUUAAGUUUGGAACGAAUUUUACGGCUGUAAGAAAUGAUGGAGAUUAUUGUUCUGCCUUAAAGGAAGAAAUGAAUGAAUUGCAUCUAAUGGUAAGACAGCACACGCAUCUGAUGAGCAAUAAGAUGAAAGACCGGUUCGAUCAAGCGGCAAAUUCAAAAGGUUUUGAAGAAGGUGAUCUGGUCCUGUUGUACAAUCCACUUCGAAAGAAAGGUUUGCCCCCGAAACUGCAGACAGCCUGGGAAGGACCCUAUAUAGUGAUGAAACGACUUAACCCAUUUACAGCCAUUGGUCGAUUUAUCGACCAGCAAAUUUGAAAAAUCACCAAGUCGAAAAUGAACGAGAUCUGCGUGAAAUCAAUAAUUUUAUGCGAUUUUGCAACUUUCUGAAUCCGUGGCUAAACGGCUCAAUGUAACAAUCUCAAAAAAUGUUAAGCAUCGAGUGUUUUUUUAUUAUAAUCAAAAUAAAAAGUUGAAAUGAAAUCAAUGCGGUGGAUCUAGGUGUGGCCGAAAAUGGGUUAAUGACGUGGUAUACCGCAUACAAAGAAAUGGAAAAGCACGAUGUAAAAUGAAAGUUGUACAUUUGGAGAGGCUCGCCCCAUUUGAUUCAAGAGGAUUUGUGCCUAAUCGGGACGAUUAAGCUUUAGUGGAGGGCAGUGUUACAAAAGUAGUAUUAAGUUGUAUUUGUAUUGCUAUAUGCAUCCCUUAUUAUGAACAAUAGCUGUAGGUAUAUGGAAUAGCAUUUGUCUUGUUGUAAACAUCUGGCGCCGCGGCUGUCUGCUUGUCGAAACAAUAGACAUCUGGCGCCGCACUGUCUGCUUGUCUACUUAAACAAUUGCUGAGUCUGGCGCCGUAUAGCAUUAUGUUCUGGUAAUUUCCAGACGCAAUAUUCUAGAAGGACACGUCGGCAUCAGCGAGAAGUGCGUGGCUAUAUAAGCCGUGGCAGCGCCAACAUAAUCAAUCAGUGCUAAGAGUAAACUGUUAUAGCGUAGACGAGUUGUAAAAUAAAGAGUUGUUGAAUUGAAUUAAACAGUUUUUGGUUUUGGAGGAUGGAGUCAUGUGUAGAAGUUCACGCAAGUGAGGAAAGUUCUCUGAUCGCCAUUCACUUGGGAGUGGCCAGAAACGAUUCUUUUGAAUAUGACUCAAGCAGCUCACGACUUCCGGUCUUUGACCAAGUAUCCUCUGGGUAGCCUAAGAACAUCCGUUUGAAGGCGAGCUAAAGUGAGAAGGCGAAACAUCCCCUGCAUAGGGUUGUGCGCUGGGUUUGGGACCCGCCACGUAAAAAAACACCCCCAAUAAAAAACAACAAACAGCCUCGAAUGAGAGACCCCCCUUUUGAUGACGAACAUGGCAAACGAAAUAAGGACUACGAAUUGAGGGCAUGCACCUGGAAUGUCCGGUCCUUUAACUGGGAAGGUGCCACUGCCCAGCUGGUUGAUGUCCUCGUGAAAACAAAGGCUGACAUCACCGCCGUCCAAGAAAUGCGAUGGAGGGGACAAGGGCAGAGACGAGUAGGUCCUUGUGACAUUUACUACAGUGGCCAUAUAAAGGAGCGCAGGUUUGGUGUGGGAUUCGUGGUGGGAGAUAGACUCGGUCGCCGAGUACUAUCAUUCACUCCGGAGAAUGAACGUCUAGCCACAAUCCGCAUCAAAGCGAGGUUCUUCAACAUAUCGCUGAUUUGCGCCCACGCCCCGACGGAAGAGAAGGACGAUGUGACCAAAGAUGACUUUUUUAUGAGUGCUUGGAGCGCACUUAUGAGAGAUGCCCCCGCCACGAUGUCAAAAUCGUGCUUGGCGACUUCAACGCCAGGGUGGGCAAAGAAGGUAUCUUUGGCACUACGGUCGGUAAAUUCAGCCUCCACGAGGAAACAUCCCCAAAUGGGUUGAAGCUGAUCGACUUCGCCGGGGCCCGAAAUAUGGUUAUCUGUAGUACUAGAUUCCAGCAUAAAAAGAUACAUCAAGCUGCCUGGCUGUCUCCGGAUCGAAAAACCACCAACCAGAUCGAUCAUGUUGUGAUAGACGGAAGACACGUCUCCAGUGUUUUAGAUGUGCGUGCGCUCCGAGGUCCUAACAUCGACUCGGACCACUAUCUUGUUGCAGCCAAGAUUCGCACCCGCCUCUGUGCAGCAAAAAACGCACGAAAACAAACACAAGGAAGGUUCGACGUCGAAAAGCUGCAAUCACAACAGACAGCCGAACGAUUUUCUACUCGGCUUGCACUCCUGCUCUCUGAGAGCACUCGUCAACAACUCGGUAUAAGGGAACUGUGGGACGGCAUUUCAAACUCCUUACGUACAGCUGCAACCGAAACCAUUGGUUUUCGGAAAGUGCAAAAGAACAGCUGGUACGACGAGGAGUGCCGUGUCGCAGCGGAGAGAAAACAGGCUGCCUACCUCGCAACGUUACGAUCGACCACAAAACGUGCGGGAUGGGAUAGAUACCGAGAGUUGAAGAGGGAAGCGAGACGCAUUUGCAUACAGAAGAAGAAAGAGGCCGAAAUGCGUGAGUACGAACAGCUUGAUAAGCUGGCCGACAGGGGUAAUGCUCGAAAAUUCUACGAAAAAAUGCGGCGACUUACAGAAGGUUUCAAGACCGGUGCAUACUCCUGUAGAACCCCCAAAGGUGAUCUAGCCACCGAUGCCCAGAGCAUACUUAGAUUAUGGAGGGAACACUUCUCCAGCCUGCUGAAUGGCAGUGAACACAUAGCACCAGGAGAAGGCGAACCCGAUUCCCCAAUCGAUGACGAUGGAGCAGACGUUCCAUUGCCCGGCCAUGACGAAGUUCGAAUAGCAGUUGCCCGCCUGAAGAACAACAAAGCGGCAGGGGCCGACGGAUUGCCGGCCGAGCUAUUCAAACACGGCGGCGAAGAACUGAUAAGGAGCAUGCAUCAGCUUAGUUGCAAAAUAUGGUCGGAUGAGAGCAUGCCCAACGAUUGGAAUUUAAGUGUGCUAUGCCCAAUCCAUAAAAAAGGAGACCCCACAAUCUGUGCCAACUACCGUGGGAUUAGCCUUUUCAACAUCGCGUACAAGGUUCUAUCGAGCGUAUUGUGUGAAAGAUUAAAGCCCACCGUCAACAAACUGAUUGGACCUUAUCAGUGUAGCUUCAGACCUGGUAAAUCAACAACCGACCAGAUAUUCACCAUGCGCCAAAUCUUGGAAAAGACCCGUGAAAGGAGGAUCGACACUCACCACCUAUUCGUCGAUUUCAAAGCUGCUUUCGACAGCACGAAAAGGAGCUGCCUUUAUGCCGCGAUGUCUGAAUUUGGUAUCCCCGCAAAACUAAUACGGCUGUGUAAACUGACGUUGAGCAACACGAAAAGCUCCGUCAGGAUCGGGAAGGACCUCUCCGAGCCGUUCGAUACCAAACGAGGUUUCAGACAAGGCGACUCCCUAUCGUGCGACUUUUUCAAUCUGCUGCUGGAGAAAAUUAUUAGAGCUGCAGAACUGAAUCGAGCAGGUACAAUCUUUUAUAAGAGUGUACAGCUGCUGGCGUAUGCCGAUGAUAUUGAUAUCAUCGGUCUCAACACCCGCGCCGUUAGUUCUGCUUUCUCCAGACUGAACAAGGAAGCAACGCAAAUGGGUCUGGCAGUGAACGAGGGCAAGACGAAAUAUCUCCUGUCAUCAAACAAACAGUCGUCGCACUCGCGACUUGGCACUCACGUCACUGUUGACAGUCAUAACUUUGAAGUUGUAGAUAAUUUCGUCUAUUUAGGAACCAGCGUAAACAACACCAACAAUGUCAGCCUAGAAAUCCAACGCAGGAUUACUCUUGCCAACAGGUGCUACUUCGGACUGAGUAGGCAAUUGAAAAGUAAAGUCCUCUCUCGACGAACAAAAACCAAACUCUAUAAGUCGCUCAUAAUUCCCGUCCUGCUAUAUGGUGCAGAGGCUUGGACGAUGACAACAACCGAUGAGUCGACGUUGCGAGUUUUCGAGAGAAAAGUUCUGCGGAAGAUUUAUGGUCCUUUGCGCGUUGGCCACGGCGAAUACCGCAUCCGAUGGAACGAUGAGCUGUACGAGAUAUACGACGACAUUGACAUAGUUCAGCGUAUUAAAAGACAGCGGCUAGGCUGGCUAGGUCAUGUUGUCUGGAUGGAUGAAAACACUCCAGCCCUGAAAGUAUUCGACGCAGUACCCGCCGCGGGAAGCAGAGGAAGAGGAAGACCUCCACUCCGGUGGAAGGACCAAGUGGAGAAGGACCUGGCCUUGCUUGGAAUAUCCAAUUGGCGCCACGUAGCGAAGAGAAGAAACGAUUGGCGCGCUGUUGUUGACUCGGCUAUAAUCGCGUAAGCGGUGUCUACGCCAGUGAAGAAGAAGAAUGUAAAGGAACGGAAAUGAUCCUAAACUAUUAAAAGAUAAGAAAUAUUGUGUAUGCCGUUGAGAACACUUGUGUUUAAGAUAUGUAUACAUACUUCGGUAUGUACAAUAGACUAGUAUUAAGAUUGGUUUAUGUACUAUGCAUGUGGUGCAUACACGAACCCUACGCGUCUUAUUUUAAAUACGAUACAAACAAGUCUCUGCAAAACAAAUAAUGGGCGAUCUACCAGAAUUCAGGGUAUCAAUGUCGAGUCCGUUUGCUUAUACUGGAGUUGACUACGCUGGACCAUUCCAAAUGAGAUGCUCAAAAGGACGUGGUCAAAAGUCCUUCAAAGGGUAUGUAGCAGUGUUUAUAUGCCUCUCAACUAAAGCUGUUCAUCUUGAGGCAGUCAGUGAGUUAUCACCAGACGCGUUUUUGGCAGCACUAAGGAGAUUUUUUGGCAGAAGAGGAAGGUGUCUUCAUAUCUACUCGGACAAUGGAUCCAAUUUUGUUGGAGCAAAUAAGUGGCUUGAUAAAGAGUUUAAAGCAGCAAUAAAGCAAGACUCAGAUGUAGCACCAAUUUUGGCCAACGAGCAAAUAACUUGGCAUUUUAUUCCCCCGGCAGGCCCACAUUUCGGAGGAAUGUGGGAGGCAGGUGUAAAAGGAUUAAAAUACCAUUUAAAAAGAGCCAUCGCAGAUACAAAAUUAACUUUUGAAGAAAUGUCUACAGUAUUAGCUUAAAUAGAGGCAUCUUUGAACUCGCGUCCACUAUAUUCAAUAAACGACGAUAAUGGAAUAGAUGCGUUAACACCGGGCCAUUUUCUAAUUGGAAGACCAUUAAAGUCAAUUCCAUCUCUCAAACCAGAUGUCAACUACUCUACAUUAAACAAAUGGAAAUUAGCACAAAAAAUUCACAGAGAUUUUUGGAAUCGUUGGAAAAAUUAAUAUCUUCAUACAUUUCAGCAAAGAAAUAAAUGGAAAAUUGCGGUAGACAUUAUUGAGGUCGGCGAUGUGGUAAUACUAAAAGACGAAAACUCACAACCACCCAAGUGGCCUCUUGCUAAAAUUAUAGAAACUCAUCUGGGAAAUGAUGGUCGCGUUCGUGUGGCAACGUUGAAGCUGCAAAAUAGCAUAUUGAAAAGACCAAUCCAGAAGUUGUGUCCUUUGAUAAGCGCAGCAGAAAAAGACCGGAAGGAGCAGGUAAAGAACACUUACUUAGCCACAAAUAGUCAAAAGAAAACAAACAGAUCGAAUAUGAAUAUAACUGGAGUUACACUUCUGGUACCGUAUUGUCUUACACCAAGCAAUCUCGAAAACGCCUUGAAAGUAGUGCCAAAAUGAAUUGGAUCUGUAAGCGAAUUGCCGGCUAAUACAGCAAUAUUUUUGGAUUCACUAGGGAAAAUGGACGUAAUUACCUCUACUUGGGAUUUGGUAAUAUACUAUGAUCUUCGCGCAUAAUUUGAACAGAUGAAGUUAAUACCGAAUUGCUUGUCUAGAAUAAAAGUUCAUAUCUUAACUCAGUUCGAAGAAGCAUGUAAUGUCAUAUCAUUAUCUCUUGGAAGGCGCCUUGAAGCAAUAACGCACAAUCACAAUUUGAUUGUAUAUAACAAGAGACAAAAAAGAGCACCUUUAGAAUGGGUUGGUUCCACUUAUAAUAUGCUAUUUGGAUUGAUGGAUGCCGAUGACCAAGACCAAAUUGAAUCUAAUUUUAAAGCUCUACUCAGCAACCAAAGACAUUUAAAAGAAAGUUUCAAGGCGCAAAUUUUUGUAAUCAAUUCGACAGCAAAUUUUAUCAACAAGAAUAUAUAUGAAGUAAAUGAGCAAUUUACAAAACUUCAAACUCAAAUUAAUAAGUACCAUUCUGAGAUAAUAAAAGAUAUUAAUCGAGAUAAAAUGGCUAUACAAUUUCAAAUGCUGAUAACACAAAUUAACAUUCUUAUGAGCGAAUGUGAAAACACACAAAGAUCCACAACUGAAUUACUAAUCGAUUUGAAUCAUGGAAGAAUUAAUCCAGCUCUUUUAACUCCCUUACAACUGAGUGAAGAAUUGAUGCUCAUUAAAGAAAAAUUACCAGCAAAACUUCAAAUUCCUGGACACCAAAGCGACAGUCAAUUACGUGAUGUUUACAACCUCAUGGAAGCAAGAGGUAUUUUUAUUGACCAAAAAUUAAUAAUUAAAGGAGAGAUACCAUUGAUGCAGAGUGAGUCAUCGGAAGUUUUCAAAUUGAUAGCCAUUCCUUCCGAGUAUAAAGGACGUGUUGUAAAAGCGAAAUUAAGAAAUGAAUUUUUAAUUUAUAACUUUGGGCUUAAUUCGUAUUUUUUUAUAUCCCAAGCUCAGCUGAAUAAGUGUACAAGAAGCCUAAACAAACACCUUAUCUGUAAAGGAAAAACACCAUGGCAGCCUGCAUUAGACCAAACUUGCGAGCUUUCAGCACUAAUCAACACUAGCCAUACAGACUGUCAGUAUGAAGAGACAAAGAAGACACCGUUCUAGGCAGAGCUUAAUCCAGAUAACACGUGGAUUUUUAAAGUAUUCAAAGGAUCUACAUUGCACGUCGACUGUCUAGGUGGUAAAAGAGAAAUAAUAGAAAUCCCAGCACAAGGCGUUCUUUCCAUUGAAGCUGGUUGCACAGCCCGAUACGAAGGCAUCACAUUAUCAAGUCAUCAAAUAUUUACAACCCAAAAUACAAUCAACUUAACACAAGAUCCAAUUAUAUCAGUAAUAUAUGAUAUUACAGAAGACAAAAUAGUGCCGCUUCAGAUUGACCGCAUCAACAACAACAAAGAUGUCGAACAAAUUAAGGAGCAGAUUAAUAGAAUAAGUAAUAAUGAUUUUAAUUUAAGAGAUUUAAAUCUAAAAAAUCAUAGCGGAAACAUAUCGCUUAUAUUAGUUAUUAUAAUAAUUGUAAUUUUAUUCAUAUGUUAUGUACGCUACAAAUCCAAGCCAAAGGGGAAAAUUACGAUUAAUCUUUCUAAUCGCACGAACACAUAAUUUGUAAUUAAUUGUAUAAAUGUAAUCAAAAAAUAAUAAUAAUUGUUAUAUUACAGUAACCACAUUUUUUGGCCCUCGGCAGUAUGUUCAAAUUACUUGAACAAUAAUAUACAGUCCACUGUCAGUUGACUGCAUACAAAAAUGCAGCAAAUAAAAGAAAAAUAUAUAAUAAGAAUUCAAUACAGAAAAACAACCCUUAUGGUGGUUAUUGUAUUCUUCAUCAUAAAUCUCAAGUGCCUUAGUCACAAACACACACGCAUACAUACUUACAUAAACUAACAAAUAGAAAUGCAAUAGAUGCACACUAGCAAAUGUAUACAAAUGCAUUUGCUGAUAAACUAUACGUGUAUUUUUAAAUAACACCAACGCACUUAUUAUGUGUUAUGCGUUGGUCUGAUAAUUAAUUUAAGAACAUAGGCUAAGAAUUUUGUAUAAAAGGAGCUGCUCAACAAAAAUAAAGCCAGAUUUGAAAGACAAUCUCAGCUAGAAA